AUGGCCAAUUACCCUAACUGCCUCGUCUCAGCAGGGAAAUGCCACAGUGAGCUGCGGCAUUGUCUUAAAACAUCCCUUUCCAUAACUCUGACAGGCGGUGAGGGAUGGGGAGAUGUGGGGCUGCCAUGGCAACCAGCGGUCUCGGCCUGCAGCGAAACAGGCCUGACACCUGUAAACAUGGGAAAGCCUUGUUCCGCCAGCCUUUUUCCCCCGAUUCCUUGAUGAAAUUACCCCCUCCCUCCUGCUGGCGUGUGGGAUGCUGUCGAGAAAUGUUAAAACCAGUCAUUCAGCAAAGAGGCAAUCUACUUUCCAGAGGAAGUGAAUUACUGAUAGCUUGGAUGGAGCUGCUGCCAGUCAGAGUAUGCUCUGCUGAGCUAGAUGGGUAAAUGCAUAAGAACUCUGAGAGAAGGGAGUGACCACACUGGUUCUUGCAAUGUAAUCAACAGACAGACAAAUUUCAAACAGUGCCAGGGGGCUUCGGUGAAAUUUCUGCAAGCUGGAUGUUGGAUAGGUAAAGGUAAAGGGACCCCUGACCAUUAGGUCCAGUCGUGGCCGACUCUGGGGUUGUGGCGCUCAUCUCGCUUUAUUGGCCGAGGGAGCCGGCGUACAGCUUCCGGGUCAUGUGGCCAGCAGGACUAAGCCGCUUCUGGCAAACCAGAGCAGCGCAUGGAAACGGCGUUUACCUUCCCACCGGAGCGGUACCUAUUUAUCUACUUGCACUUUUAUGUGCUUUCGAACUGCUAGGUGGGCAGGAGCAGGAACCGAGCAACGGGAGCUCACCCUGUUGCGGGGAUUCGAACCGCCAACCUUCUGAUCGGCAAGUCCUAGGCUCUGUGGUUUAACCCACAGCGCCACCCGCGUGCCUCUUCUUUUAAAACAGAAAGUCGCAUUUAAAUCCAGUUUAAAAUGUGACAGAGACUAUUUCAAGAGGGCAACAGCUGAUGUAACGUGGCAGCUGUUUUGGUAAGGAAGUGAGCAGAUAUUGGAAAUCAGAGGCAGAUUUUUGGAGCAAAAGAGGAGAUGAGAGCAGCUGAUAUGGGGGGAGCAAUGGGGAGCAGAGAGGCCUGAGGAUGGAGGGAGGAAGCUGGUGAGGAAAAUGGCACAGGAAAAUCUCUUCCCCACCCCUGCUGCUUCCUGCUCUCCAACCUCAGCUUCCAAGGCCCCUCUCUGCCAUUGAUUCACAUGCCUUCCUCCCACAUCCUGGAGGACAGGCAGCAUUUUCAAAACUGGUGGCCCCUGAAAAUAUGGUAAAUAUGUGUUAUGUACUGAGUUGAAUAGGAUCCAAAAUGCAGCAGUCUGAUUGGUCCUAGAACAAUGCAGCAUUAUGAUUGGUCUGCAGGAGCCACCCAAUCCAGCUCCAGGUGGAAGUGACUCCACAACCUGAUUGGCCUACAGGAGAAUCACGGAAUUAGCCAAUCACGUGCAGCCCAUUGUGUAAAUAAUGUGUAAAUAAUGUGGGGGAACUUCUAUUCCUCCUCACCACUACGAGCUGAAUAAAGAGCAUGAAAUCCACUCUCGACUCCGAGUAUAUUUCAAUAUGUGAAUACACUGUUUUAAGAAAUCAUCAGUUUGAACAAUUAAUUAAACCACAGCCCUUCCUUAUGGAGAAAGUGGAAAGAGAAAAGUUUCCCUGCCUCUCUCGUAAUGAUAGAACUUGGAGAUAUCCAAUGAAACUGAAGAUUGGCAGAUUCUCAUUUACGGUAUUUUUUGCACCAUAACACUCACUUUUUUCCUCCUAGAAAGUAAGGGGAAAUGUCUGUGCGUGUUAUGGAGCGAAUGCCUGUGGGUGGCGGGGGGGAUCUGCUGCAGUCGUGAGCAGAGGAUCCAUGGUUCCGCUUCCUUCCCUCCUCCGUGGUUACAAAGCAUGGAUCCACAUGGAUCCUCAGGAUUUUUGCAUUGGGCUACUCCAAACUCACUGUCAGAUCACAUGUCUGUGGCCACAGCAUGAACCACAAAAAUCAUAUAUCCACUAUUUCAUUUAGAAUAUUUUUUUCUUGUUUUCCUCCUCUGAAAACUAUGUGCGUGUUAUGUUCUGGUGCGUGUUAUAGAGCGAAAAAUACGGUAUUUGACCUGAUCCUUUCAAAGUUUCCUUGGAUAUCCUCCUUUUCCUUUAGCCGCCUUGCAUAGGCAUAGCCGGCCGGGGUGGGGGGAAUGGGGCAGCUGCUUCCCCUAAGCCAAGUAAAUAAAUAAAUAAAAGCACUUAACUAAAAGUAAGUUUUAGUUUUUAUAAGUUGCAAGAUUUCUACAAUUCUAUGAUCUACGACUCAGAAGCUGAACCAUGGUACACCAUGUGGAAGAAGAAACUCAGCAAAGAUCAGAUAAAAGAGCUGAACAUAGCAGACCUAUUAAAAGAGGUGGAAAUCUUUUACCCCACCACAAAAAAGGCUCUGCUUGCAGAUACUUAAUUGGCAGCUUAGGAUUUUAUGUAAGUUGGGGAAUUAAUAUGUUUAAUUUCAAACUGAAAAGAUCUAAGGAUGUUAAUGUUCAAGUUAAAUUUUAUAAGAACUGUGAUUUGGAAAACCGUUAAAAGGAUAUGCAUUGAAAUUCAACCAAGGGGAAGCGAGGAAGUCACUUAACAAUGUUAAUAAGUGUAAUUUUUAAUAAGGUUAUGAUUUAUGUUUGUUUGUUUAUAAUUUUGUGGAAAUCAAUUUAAAAAAAUUGGGGGAAAAAAGGUAUUUGGAAAAAUUAUUGGAAAAAACCCAAUGCCCAUCAACUUGGGCAUUUUCGGGGGGGGGGUCGUAUGCCCCCCCCAACUCUGCUCGUGUCUCGCCCCCUCGCUCCGCAGCCUCUCCGGCUUCCUCCCUCCACCGCCCCCUCCCCGGCUUCUCCCGGAAGCCCAGCCGCCUCCGGGAUUCCAGGCCGGGCUUUCCCUCCCUCCCUCCCUCCGCACGCUCCGCUGCCUGCCGGCGCCUUAUUUAUUUAAGGUCUGUGUAAGAGCCGCGGUGGGGAGCGCGCUUCUGGCCGGGCCGCCGACGGGGUCCCGAUCUGCCGGCUCCGAGCAGCUUCUGCCGCCUGCAGACCGGAAUGGGCGCGGUGAGUGUGACCCGAUUUGCGUUUACACGAUUACUUUGCAAUCCGGUUCUAAACUUUCCCCUAGUGUCCUCCUCCUUGUGCCUUUCCCUCGAAAGAUAAAGAAAAUCCAAUGGCUCCUCGCCAGAAUCUCUUGAAAACCCAAAAGCAUUUCUUGCAAACUGGGCAGAUGCAUUUUUUCCCUUUUUUUUAAAAAAAUGCAAUUAUUUUUUCCAGUUCCUUGGGAACGGAAAUCCCUGGGAACGGAAACUCAUUGUAAAGCUGCGGCGGCUUCCUGGCAGAAGCGGUGCGCGGGGUGCUGUGUUGCGCAGGCGCGCGCCGUGGAGUCCGAAGAACUUUGUUUCUGGGGAAAGGGAGGAGGCGGCGGCGGCGGCGGCGGCUUGUUAAACGGCGGAACUCACUGCGACAAGAGGCAGCGAUGGCCACCGACGGGAGGGGGGCGGCUUUCAAAGAGGAUGGGACAGAUGCAUGGGAGAGGAGAAGGCCAUCGGUCGGAGGCAGGGAUGCCUCUCAAAAUCCAGUUUUUGGAGGACACAGGAGGGCAUCGAUCUCCUUUAUUGGCAUAAAAAAGUGCAUCGUAUACAUCAUGGGUAGGCAAACUAAGGCCCGGGGGCCAGAUCCGGCUCAAUCGCCUUCUAAAUCCGGCCCAUGGACGGUCCGGGAAUCAGCGUCUUUUUACAUGAGUAGAAUGUGUCCUUUUAUGUAAAAUGCAUCUCUGGGUUAUUUGUGGGGCCUGCCUGGUGUUUUUACAUGAGUAGAAUGUGUGCUUUUAUUUAAAAUGCAUCUCUGGGUUAUUUAUGGGGCAUAGGAAUUUGUUCUCCCCCCCCCCUCAUAAAGUCCAGCCCCCCACAAGGUCUGAGGGACAGUGGACCGGCCCCCUGCUGAAAAAGUUUGCUGACCCCUGAUAUACAUGGAUCAGAACACAACACAGUUAACGAAAUAUAGUCAGAGAUGCUUUAGGAUAAAACUGUCCAGGCAUCUUGAGGUACGAAGAUGGCUCUUAGGACCUAGGUAAAGGUAAAGGGACCCCUGACCAUUAGGUCCAGCCAUGACCAACUCUGGGGCUGCGGCGCUCAUUUCGCUUUAUUGGCCGAGGGAGCCGGCAUACAGCUUCUGGGUCAUGUGGCCAGCAUGACUGAUCCGCUUCUGGCGAACCAGAGCAGUGCAUGGAAACGCCGUUUACCUUCCCGCCAGAGAGGUACCUAUUUAUCUACUUGCACUUUGACGUGCUUUUGAACUGCCAGGGUGGCAGGAGCAGGGACCGAGCAAUGGGAGCUCACCCAGUCGCGGGGAUUCGAACCGCCGACCUUCUGAUCGGCAAGUCCUAGGCUCUGUGGUUUAACCCACAGCUACAGUGAUGUAAUUUCAUAGUGUUACUCAAAAAACUUCUCCCCAACGUCAUUACUGCAAUUGUUCAGCAGAUAAGACACCCUGGAAGAGUCAGUGCGAUAAAUCCCUUCCUUCAAUAAGGGGGCCAAAUACUUAUCAAAUAUUUUUGCAUAAAAUUCGCAUUAAAAAACCCCUGUGUGUGAUAGAUUCGACCUGUUUUGUGCCACAAGGGCAGUGUCUUUCCGAGAAUGGGAUUUUCAAGAAUCUACCUUGCAAAACCGCAGAUGGUAAGAUGCUAAAUCUUGCGAGGGAAAGAGCUCUGUGUAGGUGGGGAUUGCAAAGCUGUAAAUAUAAAUAUGUGUAAAUAUGGAGUGUCCUGGCUAAACCAGGGUGGGAUUCCCAACCCCAAGGGGGAACAGGUUUUCUUGGCUGCACUGCAAAGGGGUUUGAAUUCAGUCUCUAGGAUUCUGCACUUGAUUUUCUGGAAUGCUUCCAACUGUGGGAGCAUAAUCAGUGACUCGAGUGAUAGGCCACAGGUUCUGAUUUUGCUCUCAACGCAAGAUAGCCAUUCGGAGUGGUGGGAUUCUGCCAGCAUGUGGAAAGUUAAAGAAGACCGAUCGGACAUGAAAUGUAGGCGGAGCCAGAAUUUUAUAAUGGUGAGCAGCGCUUUGGUUUCCGGCAGCCUUUGUCCAGUUUCCAGCCACAGGGCACACAAUUUGGCAGCCCUGGGAUUUUGCGCAGAAAUUUGGAUUGGAUGCGUUCCAAUGGUUGGUUAGCUGCACCGAUCCAUAAUGGAACACCAUACAGGAGUUUGGGGGCUACAGUGGUACCUCAGGUUACAUACGCUUCAGGUUACAGACGCUUCAGGUUACAGACUCCGCUAACCCAGAAAUAGUACCUCGGGUUAAGAACUUUGCUUCAGGAUGAGAACAGAAAUCGUGCUCUGGCGGCGCGGCAGCAGCAGGAGGCCCCAUUAGCUAAAGUGGUGCUUCAGGUUAAGAACAGUUUCAGGUUAAGAACGGACCUCCGGAACGAAUUAAGUACUAAACCCAAGGUACCACUGUACUUGGGCGUUAAAGCUGAGAUGAACUGAUUUCCUCUGUUAAAGAAGAAACAGGAGAUGGCCGGAGCCUAGAGUAUCCGCUCUGUUAAGUGUGAGCUUACAAUGGUCCCGUAUUUCCAAGAAGCGUUAUAUUGGAAGUGGAUGCCUAGGUAUUUAAAGUUUUCAACCUGUUCCAACGGGGUUCCACUGAUCUCCCACCCACGAGGCUGCCAAGAUCUUGAGAAAACAAGCACUUUAGAUUUUGCGAAGUUCAGUUCCAGUCUGUUGGCUGUACAAUAUUCCUGGCAACGGCUUCAAGCCAUUGUGCGAGACAAGAUGACUGCGUCAUCGGCAUAUAGUAAGAUGGGAGCGUGGAUGGAGCUGAGCUUCAGGCAAUGGCCACCCACCCUGUGAAAACAGGGUGCAAGGUCGUUUAAGGUUGAAUAAAUACGGAGCUAAGACGAAACCCUGCUUUACCCCUUUGUUGGCAAUGAUUUUGGGGGUUAGCCUGCCCAAUUGGGUGUAUCUCACUUGGCAACACGUGGCGGUGUAGUUUCCUGAUGAGAAAGAGUAACCUUUCAAAGAUGUUCAGUAUGGACAGUUUGUUCCAGAGCAGCUCUCUCAGGACUGAGUCAAAGGCUCCUCUCAGGUCCAGAAACGCUGUAUACCGUUUUUGAUGAAGAGUACUAGAGUAUGUAUUCAGUUGGUGAUACAAUGAUCCAAGGUAGCUUUACCCUGGCAAAACCUGCUUGGGGCCUGCAAAUUGGGAUAUCCACUGGGUAAGCUUUCUCAGAAGAUGCGUAAAGGUAAAGGGACCCCUGACCAUUAGGUCCAGUCGUGGCCGGCUCUGGGGUUGCGGCGCUCAUCUUGCUUUAUUGGCUGAGGGAGCCGGCGUACUAAGCCGCUUCUGGCAAACCAGAGCAGCGCACGGAAACGCCGUUUACCUUCCUGCCAGAGCGGUACCUAUUUAUCUACUUGCACUUUGACAUGCUUUUGAACUGCUAGGUUGGCAGGAGCAGGGACUGAGCAACGGGAGCUCACCCCCGUCGCAAGGAUUCGAACCGCCAACCUUCUGAUCGGCAAGCCCUAGGCUCUGUGGUUUGACCCACAGCGCCACCCGCGUCCCUAGAAGAUGCUUAGCAUAGAGCUUUUCCACUAUGGAGGAAGGGGGGUUAAGGAUUUGCCCCCCAGCAGUGUAACUUCUGAUGGCUAAAGUUUUGGAAGACAUUGGGUUGCCCAAGGAUUUCGCCUGUUCAGGGUCGUAUCAGAGUCUGAAGGGACCCUUGGAAUGGCACCCUUUUGUGGAACUCCCUUCAGUGCCCCCCCAUUAUACAGUGGUACCUCAGUUUACAAACUUAAUCCGUUCCGGAAGUCUGCUCUUAAACCAAAACCGUUCUUAAACCGAGAUGCGCUUUCCCUAAUGAGGCCUCCCGCCGCCAGUGCCCUUCCACCGUUCGGAUUCCGUUCUUAGACCGAGGUAAAGUUCUCAAACCAGGACAGUAUUUCCGGUUUUACGGAGUUUGUGAACCAAGUCGUUCUUAAACUGAGGUACCACUGUAUGUUAUUUGGUGGGAGUACUGCAGUCGGAGAAUGGUGGACUCACAGAAUUGUAGAGCUGGAAGAUUCCACUACACCACAUUUUUAUGUAUGCCUCCCUUCUCCACCAUUAAAUGCAUUUUUGUAUAUAUCAUUUGGUGGGAGGUCUGCAUCACAAAAUCCGGAGAAGUACACAUCCUGGUUUAGGAAGCACGAAUGAGAUAGUUUUUCAUCAAAAAGCAAAUAAAAUUGAAAUGCUCCUCCAUGCCUCAAGUACCAGGUUAUGACCAGGGAACUGUGGGAAAUUAAAAAUGGCACCUGUAGCAUCUCAUCACUCUCUUUGGGAACCCCUGCUCUAACCACUACACCACAUUGCCCUUCCCCAGUAAUGCAUUUUUGGACACUUGGCUCUCCCCUCUCAUUGGGGAACUGCAUUUUGCAUCAUGUAUUGUUUCUGGGAACUGCAAAGUAGGUAAACUCAGAUUAAAAUGCAAAUGGAUGCAAAUUCCACCUCCAUCAGCCCCUCCCAUCCAGGAACUCUCUCAUUAACCGACUUUCCCCUUCAAAAACCAUUGAUGGGGCCCCUUCUCUGCUUUUGCCCUUCUCUUUCUGGGGAUGCGGCAAAGAUCACCCCGCCUGCCCCUUUUAUCUUUCCUCCUCCGCACUUGUUGCUGCCUUUGCCAUGGCAACGGAGGGGGCUGUUUGUGCAGGUUGCCAGGGUUUCUCUUCCUGCAUAAUCAGACUUGGCAGUGAGCAAAGGUAAUUGACACUGAAAACCGGUCCAGUUGGAAAGAAAACCAGGCCCGGAGUCUUGCUCUGUCUGGCCUGGAGCGGAGACCCUCCUGUCAAUGAUUUAGCAGCCAACAUCCUGCUUCCUUCAGUGGCCAAUCGGAUGCCUCCAAAUAGCCCAUAAGCAGGGUACCAAUGCAGCUACCCUGUUUUGCCUCUGUGGGAGUCACUGCUCUCAUCUUCAGCCAAACGGCUGUUCUCAAUAAUAGAUUAUUGUAUUUUAAUAUUCCGUUGGAAGCUGCCCAGAGUGGCUGGGGAAACCCAGCCAGAUGGGCAGGGUAUAAAUAUAUUAUUAUUAUUAUUAUUAUUAUUAAUAUCUGAUUCUCAAGCCCAACAGCAGCCUCCCCUCCUGUGGUUUCCAACAUCUGGGAUUCACAAUCACAGCCGUCGUGGCCUCCUCCAUGGAUUUUUCUGACCCUCUUUCAAAGCUAUCCAGGUUGGUUGUCAUCUCUGCCUCCUGCAGCAGUAAAAGUCUAAAAUCUUCCAACAUUCAGCUUUUCUGGAUAACCCCGCUUAGUUCCUGUGCUCUGAGAUUUAAAUUGGCACCGGGAGUAAGUUCCUUUUCUCUGGCGCUCAAGCCCCACUCACACCUGCUUGCCGGCAUCUCAGCCUCAGUUUUCCCCAUCUGGUAAAUGGGAACAAAGCAAGUGAUAAAUAGGCUGUCAGGCAUUCUGCUGCUGUGGGAAUCUGCCUUUCCCACUGCCCCACUUCCCUUUCCUUCUUCCCUUCCCCUGCAAACGUUUGGGUCAUGGGACCUGCCGGAUGAGAAGCCGCCAAGUUUGGAAGCCAAGCCCCACCAACAAUGUCAAGUUCAGCAGGUUAAGGAAACACAGUGAUGUCACCUGACCCUGUUUGUUCAGAGCUGCCUUGAAACAGCUGGGCGAAGGAUGGUGGCUGGGUUGGGACACGCAGCCAAGUGAAUGAAUUCCAGUUUCACUUCUUCAUUUUUGGAUUUCCAUUGAGAGUUGAUUUUUGCGACAAUAAUAGUUCAUUACCAACUGAAUUUACACCCUGUCCUUCCUUUCCAAGGAGACCACGGUGGCAGGCAGAUAGAGAAUUUAGAAAAAGAAUGAAAGCAAAGCAAAAACAGAUCAAAACAUUAUCGGUUAAAAGCAGUUUUGGUUAAAAAAAACAUUGUAAGAGCAAUGACAAAUAGAAACCUUCUUCCGCCCUGUGAUCAAGGAAUUUUCCAGUGCCGGAAAAAUCUUCAGCCACUGAAUGCCUGGGUAGAGAGGAAUACUGUGCGCAGUUCUGGUUGCCUCGCCUCAGAAAGGAUAUUGUAGAGCCGGGAAAAGGUUCAGAAAAGGGCAACCGUCAUGCUCAAGGGAGAUGGAGCGAGUCGAGCGGCUCUUCUUCUCCUCGCGGCACAUCGUUAACCUUUGGAACUCACUGCCACAGGAGGCAGGGAUGGCCUCCGAGUUGGAUGGCUUUAAAAGAUGAUUAGACAAGUUGAUGGAGGACUAAUGAAAAACCUAGACAGCAUCUUAAUAAGCAGAGACAUCACCUUGCCAACAAAGGUCCGUAUAGUUAAAGCUAUGGUUUUCCCAGUAGUGAUGUAUGGAAGUGAGAGCUGGACCAUAAAGAAGGCUGAUCGCCGAAGAAUGGAUGCUUUUGAAUUCUGGUGCUAGAGGAGACUCUUGAGAGUCCCAUGGUCUGUAAGAAGAUCAAACCAACCCAUUCUGAAGGAAAUCAGCCCUGAGUGCUCACUGGAAGGACAGAUCCUAAAGCUGAGGCUCCAAGACUUUGGCCACCUCAUGAGAAGAGAAGACUCCCUGGAAAAGACCCUGAUGUUGGGAAAGAUGGAGGGCACAAGGAGAAGGGGACGACAGAGGAUGAGAUGGUUGGACAGUGUUCUCGAAGCUACCAGCAUGAGUUUGACCAAACUGCGGGAGGCAGUGGAAGACAGGAGUGCCUGGCGUGCUGUGGUCCAGGGGGUCACAAAGAGGCGGACACGACUAAACGACUAAACAACAACAUGUUCAGGAGCCAAGGUCUUUGAGGUCCAAGGUAUGACUGUAGCGCAAUAUGUCUUCCAUCUGUGGUUGCCCACAGAGUCUGUCUCCGUACAGCACCUGUUGUACCGUCCUCCCGGGACGGCGGAAGGCAUAGGUUGAAAAUGUAGCUCGAUAAAAGCAAAUCGUAGUUAGAGGCUAGCCGGAGAUUUGACAGGCUCUAAAAUGGACCGUCACUUAUCCCCAGUAUAUGCUUUUAAAAUUACUGCGUGCACACACACAAAAUUGCAUAUAUCUAAACCCUUGGGGCCGUCCCACAGCUACGAGCAGGUAAGGGAAAGAGAGAAAGAAAUCCCAACACUCGUGCUCAGAGUGGGCCCCUAUCCAGGAAGCAAGGUGGAGUGCUUAAAACACUCAUAGGCAAACUUGACCCUCCAGAUGUUUUGGGACUACAACUCCCAUCAUCCCUAGCUAACAGGACCAGUGGUCAGGAAUGAUGGGAACUGUUGCCUCAAAACAUCUGGAGGGCCGAGUGUGCCUAUGCCUGGCUUAAAAGCUCUUUACCUACUGGGUUACCCAAACCGACCCAAUGCGAAAAUGGACUUUAAAUUCUCCCUCUUGCUCUGGAGCUUGGAUGGCCAUGUGAGAUCUCAUGAGGGCGUCCCAGAGCUGGAACGCUGAGCAGGCCCUCCCAAGCCUUAGAAACGAUUUCUGCCAUGGGAAACCCUAAGCACACCUGGUGUAAAAAGAGCUUUCGAGCUCUCCACUUUGCUUGGAUUGAAUUUGCGCAGUUUUGAGGAGCCUGCCUUCAGUCGCGUAUACAGUUGAAAUCCCUGCGAGUUAAACGUGCGUCAGGUGCGAUUGUACUUUAUGCGCUCCAGGUCCAGAACCGGCAGCUGGGUUUUCGUUUGUUUGUUUUGUUUCUGUGUGUUUUUGCCAUGCGCUGCCUCUUCCCUCUGGGAAUGCAGCAGACGGGCAAAUAUGCUUCUGUGCGAUAUGGAGCCAAGGCCAAGCCACCUGUGCCGUCGCCAUCGAUCUCUGGCGGGAGCCUCGUGGGCAAAAAGAGACAGCUGGGGGUGGGCUGGCUCUGCAUUUGGGAUCCCGGGGCCUCGAGGAAUCAAUAUUUACGGAAACUGAUCCCAAGUGUUGUGUCUUUCCUGGCUCAGUUUGGAGGACAGGAAAUUUUUCUUUCCAAGGGAUGAUUUUGAUGCCUGAGCCUUAGAUUCUUUUUCUGCCAUAUAAACACACACACACACACACACACACACACACACACACAGUGGUACCUCGGGUUACAUACGCUUCAGGUUACAGACUCCGCUAACCCAGAAGUAUUACCUUGGGUUAAGAACUUUGCUUCAGGUUAAGAACAGAAAUCGUGCUCCGGAGGCGCAGCAGCAGCGGGAGGCCCCAUUAGCUAAAGUGGUGCUUCAGGUUAAGAACAGUUUCAGGUUAAGAACGGAUCUCCGGAACUAAGUAAGUACCUAACCAGAGGUACCACUGUGUGUGUAUGUGUGUGUGUGUGUGUGUGUGUGUGUGUGUGUGUAUCAGAUCUGCAAAUCUCUCUAUCUAUACCCUGCUUGCAAAUUCUCUCCCCCCCUUGUUAUUGAAGUAUGUCAAUUCAAAUAACAGAAGCACAAAAAGAAAAAAGCAGUGCAAUAUAUCUGGAAGAGACUUGAAUCAGGUAAGCAGGGUAGAGUGGUACCUCGGGUUACAGACGCUUCAGGUUACAGACGCUUCAGGUUACAGACUCUGCUAACCCAGAAAUAAUACCUUGGGUUAAGAACUUUGCUUCAGGAUGAGAACAGAAAUCGUGCAGUGGCAGUGCAGCGGCAGUGGGAGGCCCCAUUAGCUAAAGUGGUGCUUCAGGUUAAGAACAGUUUCAGGUUAAGAACGGACCUCCAGAACGAAUUAAGUUCUUAACCCGAGGUACCACUGUACUUAGGAACUUCAGAAAAGCCAAAUUUAAUGCUGCGGUGUAGAGAAGGAGUUCCGUGUGUCUGUGUUUGUUGUGUAAAGGAUAAAAUCCCCCCCAAAAGCACAGAAUUUUUCCGGAUCCUCUAAGCCUUUGGCAACACAUAAUUUAUAUGUUGCUUUAUCAGCUAGUGCUAAACUUCUUUUCAAGGGAUGAUUCCGACGCCUGGGGCUUGGAUUCUCUGUCGGCCUCUUUUAUUUUUAAAGAGCGGAUCUGCAAAUCUCUCUUUCUAUAGUCUGCUUGCAAGUGUCACCCUCAACAAAGUCAAAUAUUGAAUGUAUGCACCUUCCUAACUGUUGAAUGGGGACAUAUUAUGUUGACGGCUCUGGCCUGCCUGCUGUUUUUAGGGGGGGUGUCAAAGCGGGUGCUCAUUUGUUUCUCUGCAUCUGUCCUUUUGCUGGGUUUUCUAGUUAAAAGAUGCCAGGGGGUUUUAAAAAAGGGAAUCAGGAUGCUGUUGGAAAAGCUGUCCAGUGGUUCUGCCAUUGGCAAAACUAGCCAGUCGGAAGCAGGGCGGAAGGGCAACAGCCAAUUCCUGUUUUGCCCCAUUAUCUGGUAUUUUAAUAUCAUUUUUAAUUGACUUUACAUAUAAGCCUCCUCCUGAAAAGAAACCAUACACAGGAAAAACAAGCCUGCGCUCAGAAUUCAGGACUGUCAUUUCACAUCCAAAGCACCAUUACUCACUGGGUAGCCCAAAGGUGGAAAGAGGAAGCAGUCCCAACCAGAGAAGAUUGGCAAACUGUUAAUGGACUAUGCUGAAAUGGCUAAAUGAACUGGAAAGCUCAGAAAUGAAGAUGACAAGAAAUUUGAAAAGGAAUGGGAAAUGUUUAUUAUGCAUUUACAAAAGUAUUGUAAACAGGUUCAUACACUGGCAGGAUUUAAAGAACACUUGUAAUUGUAGAAAUAGUAUAAAUAAUUUGGAGUAGAAAUGAUAUGCAGUUGAAGAAGAAAACUAAGGAACCGGGGAGAGGGGAGUCACAGGAUUUGGAGAAUCCCAUUUUAUGGAUCUGAUAUUGCUUUUGUGUAUAAUUUGUUGUUGUUUGUUUGCUUGUUUUUUAUUUUCACUAUCUUUGUUGAAAUAAUAAUAAUAAUAAUAUAAUAUGAAAGCAAAGCACCAUUACUCAUUGGAACUGGCAUGGUUAUGGGUGCUACAUAAUACUCAUUCCAGUAAGAAAUUGGUCUUUUAGCUCUUUGGAACUCCCUGCCAAUGGACUUCAGGCAGGUGCCUUCACUGUACUCUUUUCGGCGCUUGCUAAAAACAUUUUUGUUCAGACAAGCCUACCCAGAUAUCUAGAAUGCUGGUGUGUUCUAUAGUUUAUUGCUGGUUUUAGUGUUUUAACUGUUUCCUUUUUAAAUUUCAUUUUAUAUAUUUCACACACCGCUGUUUUCCUCCAGGUUUGAUGUUGCCGUCUGCCCUGCGUGGUUUGUCGCCAUGGCCGAUACAAUCUUUGGCAACGGGAACGACCAGUGGGUCUGCCCCAAUGACCGGCAGCUAGCAUUGCGGGCCAAGUAUGUCUCUCUCUUUUUGACCCCACGCUGGGGCAAUUUCCUACUGGGGGGGAUAUCCUUUGUACACUGAUACUGUGAUAACCCUUUUUUAAAAAAAACAAAUAAAUAGAACUGCCUGCCAAUAUUAGCUGCUGAUUCCCAAUAACCGCUUAUUUGUAAGUACCGUAUUUUUCGCUCUAUAAGACGCACCAGACCACAAGACGCACCUAGUUUUUGGAGGAAGAAAACAAGAAAAAAAAUAUUCUGAAUCUCAGAAGCCAGAACAGCAAGAGGGAUCGCUGUGCAGUGAAAGCAGCAAUCCCUCUUGCUGUUCUGGCUUCUGGGAUAGCUGCGCAGCCUGCAUUCGCCCCAUAAGACGCACACACAUUUCCCUUUACUUUUUAGGAGGGAAAAAGUGAGUCUUAUAGAGCAAAAAAUACGGUAUUUCAAGGGCAGCUUAAGGGACACGAUGGCCAAAGUAGACAGAGCAGCAAACAAAAAAAUUUGGACCCUGUGUUGGGUCAUCCAGUUAGCGCUGCCAGGUGGGGACAGCAGCAACUUAUGAAUAUUGCCAGCGGAGGUUCUCUCUCAGAUCUGGCGUAUUGUGUGGAAAUGAAUUCUCAUCACAAAAAUAUGACGUUCCGAAGUUCUGCUUGCAGAAACUCCGUUUAAACGUUACAAAACAAACGAUGCAUUGUCUCAUAUAUUUCCAUCAUUACCUAUACUUAAUCCCAGUAUAAGGCUCAAGGACAUAUCUUUGCUAAAAGCCAGCUUUUUCAGCUUAAAAAAAAACAACCCCAGAAGAUCUCUGUCCCCGCUCUUUUUCCAGCUUGCUUGCAUCUUGGCCAACGCCCAGGGAGAUCUGUGUGCGCUUGGAAAAACAGCACAUGACUCUGGAGUGGUCCGGGCUACCUUCAACAGCAUAAGCAAACACUCUGAAAACCUGUGACUCAGUCAUAAGCUUGGCCCACCCCAACUUUGCGAUGGAAAAAUACAAGCCUUCUGCCAAUUUGUCCGUACAUUCUGCACCGUAAUUUAAAUUCAAUGCAAUUUCAAAGGUGCACCGUUUUAUGUAACGUUGAUUAAAUAACUUCCAACAUCCCAGACUCUGAGGUUUCAGAGCCCGGACUUGAGACUUAGGGGUGGCCCCUGGUGAUGUCAGAGGAGGUGGAGCCAGUGAUGUCAUGGGGCGGGCCCUGGGAAUGUCCGUUCAGCGCAGGACAACUCCGGACAGCCUGUCAUUCAAAAAAAGGAAACGAAAACAGAGACUUCAAAUGAGUCAAUUUGUUGUUGUUGUUUAGUCGUGUCCGACUCUUCGUGACCCCCUGGACCAGAGCACGCCAGGCCCUCCUGUCUUCCACUGCCUCCCGCAGUUUGGUCAAACUCAUGCUGGUAGCUUCGAGAACACUGUCCCACCAUCUCGUCCUCUGUCGUCCCCUUCUCCUUGUGCCCUCCAUCUUUCCCAACAUCAGGGUCUUUUCCAGGGAGUCUUCUCUUCUCAUGAAGUGGCCAAAGUCUUGGAGCCUCAGCUUCAGGAUCUGAGUCAAUACUGGAUGGAAAUCAAGAGCGAAGCAUUAGCUAAAGGGGGUGUUCUCAAGUCCGGCUGAAUGAGGGGACCAUUCCUUCUCACCUGGUUAGGGAGCCUGGGUAGGGGAGCUGCGCUUGCCCACCUGGAGAUUCACAUCCCUGCCACCUGCCGCCUCUGCCUGAAGGGCAGGCACACCUGGAGUCUUCAGGUUAGCCCUGUGGGGCGGAAGGUGUCUGGCAACCCCUUCAUUCUGCCCAUUGGUUAGAGGCAGGGCAUGGAAAUGAGAAGUGAUGGAGGAGGCAGGGAAUUCACCCUCUGCCCACAAUUGAUCUUAACCCCCCCCCUUCCUUCCAUGUGGAAAUUAAAUCACACAGGCAGGUGUCAGGGUCCUGGACAAAUACUGCUCAAUAUUGACAUGAGUCUACUAGUCGUGUGUGGGUUUGAUUGCCUUGAACUGCUUGGCCUCCCGGAAGGUUGUAAAAUUGAAGAUUAAAAAUGGGAUUGCUUGGAUUUAUUUUCUUAGUUCUGUUUUUUUUAAUUAAACCUUACUGUCCAAGUCGUUCCCCCUCCACCCAGCCCUCCUGCGUUGUUUUUACUGCGAGUGAUUUGUUACUGUCUUGUUAUUUUGUGGCAGUGUGGUAGUAUUUCAUCCCUUUGGCUUCCUGCCUGCAGUUUGCUUAGGAAGCUGCCUUAUGCAGAGUUAGACCCAUGGGUCCGUCUAUUGCCCACACUGGCUGGCAGCAGCUCUCCCGGGUUUCAAUCAGGAGGACACUCCCAUCCCAUUUGGAGACCCUGGGGAUUGAACUGUGGACAUUUUGCAUGUAAUCAUCAUCAUUUAUUAUUUAUACCCCGCCCAUCUGGCUGGGCUUCCGCAGCCACUCUGGGCGGCUUCCCAAAAAAUGUUAAAAUACUGUAAUACAUCAAACAUUAAAAGCUUCCCUAAACAGGGCUGCCUUCAGAUGUCUUCUAAAAGCCUGGUAGUUGUUCUUCUCUUUGACAUCUGGUGGGAGGGCGUUCCACAGGGCAGGCGCCACCACCGAGAAGGCCCUCUGCCGGGUUCCCUGUAACUUGGCUUCUUGCAACGAGGGAACCGCCAGAAGGCCCUCGGCACUGGACCUCAGUGUCCGGGCUGAAUGAUGGGGGUGGAGACGCUCCUUCAGAUAAUACUGGACCGAGGCCGUUUAGGGCUUUCAAGGUCAACACCAGCACUUUGAAUUGUGCUCAGAAACGCCAAUGUAGGUCUUUCAAGACCAGUGUUAUGUGGUCUCAGCGGCCGCCCCCAGUCACCAGUCUAGCUGCCGCAUUCUGGAUUAGUUGUAGUUUCCGGCUCACCUUCAAAGGUAGCCCCACUUAGAGCACAGAUUCUCCUCCACCGAGCUGUGGCCCUUCCUUAGCCCAGAUCUAAAUGUACUUUUUUUUAAAGGAUCUACAAACUAGGUAAUUUUAUUAUAGAAAAAGUUAAACCUCUCCUCAGAGAGACUCGCCCAGUGCCUUCAUUACAUUUCUUUAGGUGCCAGGCACAAAAACAUUCCUUUUCUCCCAGGCCUUAGGCUAAUUAAACCAUCUAUGGCCUUUUAAACUCUCUCUGGUUUUUGUGUGUGUGUGUGUGUGUGUGUGUGUGUGUGUGUUAUCGUUGUUUGUUACUUUGGUCUGUUUUUUUGUGUUUCUAUGCUGUAAACUUCCCCGUGAUCCUCAGAAGAAGGGUGCCAUAGAGAUUUAAUAAAAAGAAAUAAGCAAGGAAACCACCUAACUUGAGUGUAUUGAUUUUAAAGCACGACAGGCGGAGUUGGUUUUUUAAAACUUCUUUUUUCAAAAAGAAAGGAAUGCAACAGCUGUUAGUAUGGAUUAUUUCGUGUUGGUUAAGAUUGUGAUGGUUUUAGCAUAUAUAUCGGAGAUGAUGCUCAGAUUGUUUGAUUUUUGGUUUUCCUAAAUGCGUAACCGUUACGUGUAAUUAUUAUUAUUUUUUAAAUCAGUACCCUUGCUUCGUGACGAAGCUCUUCUUUCUCUCCCCCUCCUCUGAAUUCCUUUCCUUCCAGGCUUCAGACCGGCUGGUCGGUUCACACGUUCCAAAGCAACCGGCAGAGGAAGACGCAGGCGCUGAACGCCAAGGAGAUGGAAGUCAUCCUGGAAGUCGUCCGCCGGGCGGAGAAACUGGACGUUGUUGAACAGCAGAGGAUCGGGUACGGUUGCCGGCGCCUUCCUGUAGACCUGAGGGUUUCUCAUUACUUAAGAAGCUGCCUUAACGCCACACCCCAGACCCUUGAGCCUUCUAGUCCAGUGCUGUCUACACGGACUGGCAGCAGCUUCUCAGGGUUUCUAGCAAGGGAGCCUUUCCUGGCCCUGCCAUGAGUCGCCAGUCGUUGAACCCAGGUCAAUUGCACAGAUGCUCUGCCCCUCAGUACCAGUUCUUCCCCUACAAAUAAGGCAAGGUGCUAGACCUCAUGGUUCUGAAUGGCAACAUAGGAAGCUGACUUACACUGAGUCGGACCAUGGGGCCAUCUAGAUCUGUGUUGUCUACACUGACUGGCAGAGGUUCUUCAGGCUUUUAGACUGGACUCUCCCCCAGGCCUGCCUGAUGGUGCCAGGAUUGAACCUAAGACCUUCUGCAUGCAAACCCAUUGCUCUGUCACUGACCGGCAGCCCUCCCCCAAUACCUCUCUGGAAGUGUUGAUAGGAGCGUGUCCUCUGUGGCUUAGCUGCCUUCUCCUGUUUCCUCACACCACUCAUAAUUUUCUAAAACCUCUUUAACGGCAGCAGCUCUCCUGGUUUCCAGACAGGGGUCUCUCCUUUCCUUACCGUGAUUCGAACCUGGGGCCUUCUGAAUGGAAAUCAGAUUCCAAACCACUCCGAGAGAUGGUUACAGUUUGUUUGUUUAUAUACUGCUUUGGGGACCGAGGGCCCACCAAAGCGGCGAACGGAAUAUCCGUGCAAAAGACAAAUGCAAGAAAGGAAAUACAGAACUGCAGCGAAAAGAGUAGAUUGGGAAAAACCAUAUAAAAUAGUGACAUUGCCAGAUGAACUGCCUGUCACACUUAAUAAUGCAUCUUUAAAUUAUUAUUAUUAUUAUUAUUAUUAUUAUUAUUAUUAAGCUGCAGUCAUGCUUGGCUCUGGAGCGUUCUGGAUCCCACAUAACCCAGCUUGUCCCACAUUAUGCCCUCCAACCGGCUGCUCCAGCCGCUCGCCUCGUAGCAAGCCCAUCCACGAAUGAUUGCCCCAAGGUGGGUGCCCUUGCCCUCAUCACACCCCGAAGUGAAAACCCCAAAGGGACAAAUCCCUUUGGGGUCUUCCCCUUUGCAGCUGCCUCAUCAGAUAAACAGAUAUAUCUGUCUGCGCACGUUGGCAUUCAGAAGACCUUGGGCUCAAUCCUUGGUCUCUCCAGGUCCUUGCAGCUCUGCCCUGGCCACACCCCCUCUCCUCAGCCACACCCCCUUUUCUCCAGGCCACGCCUCCCACCAGCCCUCAUUCACACCUCUCUCAAGGAUUUCUGCCUGGCUGCGAUGUGUCCCUGAACUCGGGUAAUGCCUUUUACUUGCCUUGAUGAACAGAGGCAAAAGUGGCCUCCAUUGAAUAAUAAUAAUAAUGAUAAUAAUAAUAAUAUGAAUAAUUUAUUAUUUAUACCCCGCCCAUCUGGCUGGGUUUCCCCAGCCACUUUGGGCAGCUUCCAACAAAAUAUUAAAAACAACACAGCAUCAGACAUUAAAAACUUCCCUAAACAGGGCCGCCUUCAGUUUUCUUUUAAAAGUAAAACAGUUGUUUAUCGCCUUGACACCUGCUGGGAGGGCGUUCCACAGGGCAGGCGCCACCACCGAGAAGGCCCUCUGCCUGGUUCCCUGUAACCUCAUUUCUCGCAGGGAGGGAACCGCCAAAAGUCCCUCCUCGGAGCUGGACCUCAGUAUUUGGGCUGCACAAUGGGGGUGGAGACACUCCCUCAGGUCUACUGGACCGAGGCCGUUUAGGGCUUUCAAGGUCAGCACCAACACUUUGAAUUGUGCUCGGAAACAUACUGGGAGCCAAUGAAGAUCUUUCAAGACCGGUGUUAUAUGGUCUCGGCGGCCGCCCCCAGUCACCAGUCUAGCUGCCGCAUUCUGGAUUAAUUGCAGUUCCCGAGUCACCUUCAAAGGUAGCCCCACGUAGAGCGCAUUGCAGUAGUCCAAGCGGGAGAUAACUAGAGCAUGCACCACUCUGGCGAGACAGUCUGUGGGCAGGUAGGGUUUCAUCCAGUUUUUGCCAGUGGCCCCUUCCAACAUGCAGCCCCUCAAAGGUUGCCCUAUGGGCAGGGCUGUCUUAAGCAUAUGCGGCGCUUGGGUGCAGAGAUCCGCCCGACGCGCCCCCCCCAUUUCCCAGUCUCAGGCGCGCAGGAGGGCAGAGCCGGUCGGCUGCCUCAGCGUCUCGCUGGCUCAGGUGCCCUCAGACUCGUGACACAGAGUCUCCCGCAGCAGAAGAGCCCGCUGUGGCGCUCCGACCGACGGGUGGGCUCUUCCUCGGACUCUCGGCCUGGCGCCCCUGAGAGCCCGGCGCCCGGGUGCCCUGCACCCCUAGCGCCUAUGGGUAAGACGGCCCUUCCUAUGGGGCUGAAAAAGCAUCCCCUCGCUCCUCGCCGUGCUGUAAAAUGGGCAGCCCAGCCCAGAAAUGGCUUCUUCCUCCACCUCGCAGAGCUGAUUGAAGAGACCCAUUAGCUGGUGGCGGUCUUAAUGCUCUGCUUUUUGAAAAGGAAAAGGUCCUGCGGUUGCCGUUUUCAGAACUGCAGCUGCCUGGCUGGCAUUUCCCGAAGCAAAUGAGGCCUUAAUAGCUGGACGCUGUGAGGCCUGUUGUCGAAAGAUCUUUAGAGCACGCUGGGCUCAGCGCUCCAGUCAGCACGGCACAGCCAACACACCACUGUUGUUUCUCGACAUCUUUCCCUUCAUUACCCCGCAAUUCCCUGGGAAGUGGGGUUUUUUUUGCCUGAGGUGAUGAACUGGCUUAGGGCGUCUUCCUUGGCAAAUUCAAGCUGAACAAUUUCUUAGCUGGACUUAUUAGCUCGUUGACGACAAAGCCCCCCUACUUCCUGCCCCUCCGAAAACCCAUUCAUUUGGUUGUUUAUGCCUUCCAACUGGAGAUAUUUUCUGAUCUUCUCAACCGUGCGUUUCUGGGCCCAGCAGAUUCCUAUUUUUCUGAGUCAUAAAUCUCUGAGCCCAGUGGAUUUGGAAACCUUUCUUUUAAAAAGGCAUGUGGUGAGGGGAAGAAAGAAAAAAACAGGCAGAGGAAUCUGGGCCAAAUAAGCAGAGCUUGGGUUUUCCCUCAGCCUGGGCAAGGUGAGCUGUAAAAUUGUCGGUGAUUUAAAAAUCCCUUCUAGGGUUGGGCAACUGUUGUGAUGGCUUAUAGCAGGGACGGGGAAGGCUGGAGCCCAGGGGCCAUGUGGGUGGCCCUCUGGGACUCUUUGCCUGGCCCCCGGGAAAAUUCUCUGCCAUUCAGGCAAGCGUGAACAUUAUCAGAAUUCCAUAAUGUCAGCCCCCAAAAAACACUUAAGGCAGGAUUGGUGAGAGGCAUGGGCUGGGGAGAAGGGACAUAGCUCGGGAGAGAUCUGAGGGCCAGAUAGAAAAGUAUGGAGGGCCACAUCCAGUCCCACUGGGGCCUGAGGCUCCCCUGCCCCGGUGCUAGAGUGUGACCUGAAGGAAAUGGCAGAAUUUGGUUUGCUAUAAACAUUUUUGUCUGGACAGGCCCACUUGGGUAUCUAGAAUGCCGAUGCAUUUUAAGUUUAUUGCUGCUUUUAAUGAUCUGAACGUUUUAAAUGGUUUUUACCAAUCAUCGCUUUGGUUUUUUUUAAAAAAACAAAAACAAAUGAUAUAUAAUUUUUAUGCAGUAAAUAAAAUAAUAGGUUAAGAUCCACAUGGUGAGGCUGUCAAGGAUGACGCAGAAGGAAUGUUGUUACAGCUGUGGAACUCACUGCCACUGGAGCAUGGCCGAUAUUGAGCUUGAUUCCACCAUGGUCACAGAACAGCGUGGUGAGGAUUUUGCUGUGGGUGAAGGUAGCGAAGGGGGGAGGAAUUCAGUUCUGUUUGCAUUUUACAGCGGAUGUGCUUGACUCGCACUUUCUGAAACAAUACAUGAACUGAAGCGCAGUCAGCCUUUUGAAACCCGCUGUUCUCUGGAUUUUGCAGUGCGGCUCUGCAACCCAAACGUGAGGACAAUAAACAUGCAGAUUAGGAUAAGAGUGUGCAUUAAAAUGAAAAUAGCAUGCAAAAAAUGAGCGCUACGCUAGGGGAAAUUGCUUUGCUCAGUUUUGUAUAUUGGGAGAAAUAACCACUAUAAAAGGCUGGUUGAAACUUCUGCAAGGACUUGGGGGGGGGGCAAAUUCACAAACUGUCAUGGAAACAAGGAGGAUAGAGUGGGGGAAAUGACAAACUGAGUUAAUCCAAAAUGACGGAUUCGCCCAUCAUAGCAGAACAUCCCAGGUUCAGUCCCGGCAUGGUGCUGAUAAUGCCAAGGUUGCAGGUUCGAUAUUCCUAUUGGACAGCGGCAAAUUCCUGCAUUGCAGGGGGUUGGACUAGAUGAUCCGCAGGGUCCCUUCCAACUCUUAAAAUUCUAGGAUUCUAUCUCCAGGUAGGGCUGGAGAAACUGCCUGCCUGAAACCCUGGAGAGCGGCUGCCAACCAGUGCAGACACUACUGAGUUGGAUGAACCAAUGGUCUGGCUCAGCAGAAGGCAGCAUACUGUGUUUCUAAUUGAAUCUGCCUUUAAUUCGCAACCUUGAGGACUAGAAUCUUGCUUCAUCUGCAGUGGGGUAGGAGCUCUAAGGCAGCUCCCUAUGUGUGGGGUCACGAAUCCUCUGGAAAUCCCUGCCUUGUGACAGCAGCCUGAAGGAGGCUCUUGUUUUGCAGGCGUCUGGUGGAGCGACUGGAGACCAUGCGGAAGAACGUGAUGGGCAAUGGCUUAUCUCAGUGCCUGCUCUGCGGGGAGGCUCUGGGGCUGCUGGGGAGCACGGCUGUCUUUUGCCAAGACUGCAAAAAGGUGAGAUUGCUGGUACCUGCAGAAGCGUCACUUAGUCCCGCUGCAAUCUCAGCCAAAGAGUCCCUAACAGGUGGCCACCAAACCUCUGUUUAAAAACCUUCAGGGAAGGAGAGCCCAUCACCUCCCAAGGGAGUCCAUUCCUCUGUCAAACAGCUGUUUCCGUCAGGACAUUCUUCUUAAUAAAAAUAAUAAUUUAUUAUUUAUACGCUGCCCAUGGGACGCUGUGGGUUAAACCACAGAGCCUAGGACUUGCCGAUCAGAAGGUCGCCGGUUCGAACCCCCAUGACGGGGUGAGCUCCCAUUGCUCGGUCCCUGCUCCUGCCAACCUAGCAGUUUGAAAGCACGUCAAAGUGCAAGUAGGUACCGCUCCUGUGGGAAGGUAAACGGCAUUUCCGUGCGCUGCUCUGGUUCGCCAGAAGCGGCUUAGUCAUGCUGGCCACAUGACCCGGAAGCUGUACGCCGGCUCCCACGGCCAAUAAAGCGAGAUGAGCGCCACAACCCCAGAGUCGGCCACGACUGGACCUAAUGGUCAGGGGUCCCUUUACCUUUACCUUUACCCCGCCCAUCCAGCUGGGUUUCCCCAGCCACUUUGGGCAGCUUCCGACAAAAUAUUAAAAAUGCAAUAAAACAUCAAACAUUAAAAACUUCCCUAAACAGGGCUGCCUUCAGAGGUCUUAUAAAAAUCAGUUGCUUAUUUCCUUGACAUCUGAUGGGAGGGUGUUCCACAGGGCGGGUGCCACUACUGAAAAGGCCCUGUGCCUGGUUCCCUGUAACCUAAUUUCUCGCAGGGAGGGAACCGCCAGAACCUCAGUGUUCAGGCUGAACAAUGGGGGUGGAGAUGCUCCUUCAGGUCUACUGGGCCGAGGCCCUUUAGGGUUUUCAAGGUCAGCACCAACACUUUGAAUUGUGCUCAGAAAUGUCCUGGGAGCCAAUGUAGGUCUUCCAGGACCGGUGUCGUAUGGUUUCAGCGGCCGCUCCCAGUCCCCAGUCUAGCUGCCGCAUUCUGGAUUAGUUGUAAUUUCCGUGUCACCUUCAAAGGUAGCCCCACGUAGAGCAUGUUGCAGUAGUCCAAGCGGGAGAUAACCAGAGCAUGCACCACUCUGGCGAGACAGUCCGCGGGCAGGUAGGAAAUCUAGUUGGAAUCUCCUUUCUUAUAACUUAAAAGCCAUCGGUUCGGAUCCUGCCCCUCCUGAGCAGCAGAAAAGAAGCUUGCUCCAUCUUCCUCGGGGCAAGCCCUUCAAAUAUAUGAAGAUGACUAUCAGAUCUCCUCUCGGUUUUCUUUUCCUGGUGAAACACACCCAACUCUCCCUCCUCUGUUCUUCUUAAGCCGUUAUCGCUGAUGCUCUCUGCUGUGCUUUGGGUUGAUCGAUUGAUCGUGAGUUUGUUUGUAUUCUGCUUUUCCAUAGUGAGCUGCGUUCAGAGCAACUUCCAACAGACACCCAUUUAUUUUUAUUUUGGGGGGGCAGCUUGAAAGCUGGGGGGGGGGGAGAGAGAGGGAGAAUGAUUUGCAAAACAUGUCAGUAAAUCCAAAGAAGGUGAAAACCUGCAUUUUAGCAAGUGUAGAAUAAAGUCAGUUUUUUAAAUAAUAAUAAUAAUAAUAAUAAUAAUAAUAAUAAUAGUUGUUGUUGUUUAGUCGUGUCCGACUCUUCGUGCCCCCCUGGACCAGAGCACGCCAGGCACUCCUGUCUUCCACUGCCUCCCGCAGUUUGGUCAAACUCAUGCUGGUAGCUUCAAGAACACUGUCCCACCAUCUUGUCCUCUGUCGUCCCCUUCUCCUUGUGCCCUCCAUCUUUCCCAACAUCAGGGUCUUUUCCAGGGAGUCUUCUCUUCUCACGAGGUGGCCAAAGUAUUGGAGUCUCAGCUUCAGGAUCUGUCCUUCCAGUGAGCACUCAGGGCUGAUUUCCUUCAGAAUGGAGAGGUUUGAUCUUCUUGCAGUCCAUGGGACUCUCAAGAGUCUCCUCCAGCACCAUAAUUCAAAAGCAUCAAUUCUUCGGCGAUCAGCCUUCUUUAUGGUCCAGCUCUCACUUCCAUUCAUCACUACUGGGAAAACCAUAGCUUUAACCAUACGGACCUUUGUUGGCAAGGUGAUGUCUCUGCUUUUUAAGAUGCUGUCUAGGUUUGUCAUAAUAAUAAUAAUAAUAAUAAUAAUAAUAAUAAUAUCUGGAAUUAGAUACAUCAGUGGAAAGCAAAAAAAUAACUGAAAUGUAGUGGAUCCAGGAGCCUGGGUUGCAGACUACACACAGAAUAAGACCUUCUGUAUGAAUGGGACCGAGUUUUGUGGCCCAGUACUCCAGCCUGCAUAAACCUGGUGGCAUAGAAAAGUUUUUCAGCAGGCGUUGAAAGGUCAAAGCAGAAGGCUCCUGCUGAAUUUCUGGUGGCAGAGUGUUCCACAGGACUCUGUGUUAAGGCUCAGUUUUUUGUCGCUGUCUGAGGAACCUCACCAACUGUGUCUGUGUGUGUGUGUGUGUGUGUGUGAGAGAGAGAGAGAGAGAGAGAGAGAGAGAGAGAGAGACCAACAUCGCUUCUACAAAUGAUCUUGGAUAUUGAGCCGCGAUGCAAGGAGUCAGGUGGUCCAUAAGGUGCCCUGAAUCUAAGUUGUUCAGGGCUUUGCCAAUUAAUACAAGGGCGUUGAGCAUGUAGUUAAACUACGGAACUCACUGCCACAGGAAGCUGGGAUGGCCACCAGCGUAGAUGGCUUCAAGCAGGGUGGAACGGAUUCCCUCGGGAGGUGGCGGACUCUCCUUCCUUGGAGGUUUUUAAGCAGAGGUUGGAUAGCCAUCUGCCAGGGAUGCUUUAGCUGAGAUUCCUGCAUUGCAGGGGCUUGGACUACAUGUCCCCCAGGGUCCCUUCCAACGCCACAAUUCUGUGAUUCUAUGAGGUUUGGAGGAGGAAAAUGCUUUGGAUGGCUACUAGCCACGAUGGCUAUUCUCUGGCUCCUCAAUCGGAGGCAGCAAAUACUUCUGAAUACCAGUUGCUGGAAACCACAGGAGAGGAGAAUGCUCUUGUGUUCGAAUCCUGCUUGCUGGUCAGCCUGAAAGGAUAAUAAUAAUAAUAAUAAUAAUAAUAAUAAUAAUAAUAAUGAUUUAUUUAUACCCCGCCUUCCCCGGCCAGAGCCUGGCUCAGGGCAGCUAACAUCAAUAAAAUUUCAGUAAAAACAGAAUAAGAAAAAAAAAGAAAGAAAAAGAAAAAAACAAUUUAAAAUACAGUUUAAAAUGAAAUUUAAAAUGCUGGCCUAGUUGGGCCACUGGCCCAAUCCUGCAGACUCUUCCAGCGCUCUCAGCGUGGCUUGGUAGUUGAUGGGCAGCCAGCGAAGAUAUUUAUCUUGGGAAGCAACCUUUUGAAAACCUUGUAAAACAAAGGAAGGUCGACUCGGGAACUCUGGCAGAGUGUGUAAACGUCUGCCCAAUAAGCUGCUCUUUCCUUCGCGUCAAAAUUCAGCGGAGUUCGCCCUUCGUGCACUUUUCGUGCGAGGAAAAAGCAACACCCAGCCUUGCAUGAAAACGGAUUGCGGCCACCCGUUAAGUAUAGCCCUCUGGGCUGGGCUUGGCAAGGUUGUAGGUUUGGGGGCUUCCUCUCUCCCACCCCCCACCAAUCUAAAGUCCACAAUUUUUCUUUCCCAUCCCGCUUCGCUGCCUUCCCAUCUGAAACCCCAUUUAGUUUGCGAAGAGCAAGGCUUCCUUCACGCCCGACGGCACGCAGAAAGCAUUUAAGUGCUUUUAAAUUACCAAGGGAGGUGAUGUUGAAAUGACAGCUCACUGUCUGCAAAAUAGUUUCCGCAGGGAGCGGAAUUGUUUUAUUUUUUUAUUUUUCAUUUUUAAAAUACCUCGCUUCUUUUUCAAUUUGCGAUAUUCUAAGGCAGGGGGCAAAUAUAGCUGGCUGGGUUGACAAGCUAAGCCACUACUCUCUUUUUAUUUUAUUUUUAAUUCUUUUGCUCUCCCCCGCCACCUCCAAUGGUCAAUUUAAUGGGAGAAAACAGGAAUGGUAAGGAAUGAGGAAGGAAGCGAUAUUGCCUCAGGUAGAACCUACACCAAACCUUUUAAAGCACAUUCCCCCCCCCUUCCAAAUCAUCAUGGGAACUGUAGUCUACCUUUCAGAGCUACAGUACCUGGCACACUUAACAAACUACACUUCCCAAGAUUCAUUGGGGCGGGGGAAGCUGCAUGCUUUAAAUACGGAUUUCCCAAACUUGGGUCUUCAGCUGGUUUUGGACUACAGUUCCCAUCAUCCCUGACCACUGGUCCUGCUAGCUAGGGAUGAUGGGAGUUGUAGUCCUAAAGCUGGAGACCCAAGUUUGGGGAACCCUGCUUUAAAUGUGGAUGACUUGCAAGAACUGCGAACGGAAGAUUGUUUCCUUCAAACCAUGGUUGGUGGAAACACCGACCAACUGUGGUUAGUAGGAACCUAACUGUAAAGCCAAGACAGCAUCUUAAAAAGCAGAGACAUCACCUUGCCAACAAAGGCCCGUAUAGUUAAAGCCAUGGUUUUCCCAGUAGUGAUGUAUGGAAGUGAGAGCUGCACCAUAAAGAAGGCUGAUCACCAAAGAAUGGAUGCUUUUGAAUUCUGGUGCUGGAGGAGACUCUUGAGAGUCCCAUGGACUGCAAGAAGAUCAAAGGACAGAUCCUGAAGCUGAGGCUCCAAUACUUUGGCCACCUCAUGAGAAGAAAAGACUCCCUGGAAAGACCCUGAUGUUGGGAAAGAUGGAGGGCCCAAGGAGAAGGGGACGACAGAGGACGAGAUGGUUGGACAGUGUUCUCAAACACUUGCGCCCUCCAUCUUUCAGCUUCAGGAUCUGUCCUUCCAGUGAGCACUCAGGGCUGAUUUCCUUAAGAAUGGAGAGGUUUGAUCUUCUUGCAGUCCAUGGGACUCUCAAGAGUCUCCUCCAGCACCAGAAUUCAAAAGCAUCCAUUCUUCGGCGAUCAGCCUUCUUUAUGGUCCAGCUCUCACUUCCAUACAUCAGUACUGGGAAAACCAUGGCUUUAACUAUACGGACCUUUGUUGGCAAGGUGAUGUCUCUGCUAACUUUGUCCAAAGCCCAGCUCCCUACGUUCCUAAAACUAGAAAGAAGAAGACAGCAGAGAUAUCCCAAAUAUAAGUUCCAAGGGGGCAGCUGCAUUAGUCUCAUCUGACCCAACAUCCAUCAGGUUGGCUGAUCUUUGGUUCAGUGGUAGAUCACCUACAGAAAGUCAUGUCUUCAGUAUCCAGCAGGUAGAUCUGCGAAUUGUCCCAGAAACUCCAGAGAGUAGCUUCCAGUCAGUGCAGGUAAUACUGAGCUGGAUGGUCUGAAUCGGCAUAAGGCAUCUUCCUGCGUUCCUAUUGAAACCAGCCCUGAACUUAGAACAGGGGUGGGCAACCUAAGGCCCAGGAGCCGGAUGCGGACUAAUCGCCUUCUAAAUCCGGCCCGCAGAUGGUCCGGGAAUCAGCGUGUUUUUACAUGAGUAGAAUGUGUGCUUUUAUUUAAAAUGCAUUUCUGGGUUAUUUGUGGGGCACAGGAAUUCGUUCCAAAAUAUAGUCCAGCCCAUCACAUGGUCUGAGGGAUGGUGGACCAGCCCACAACUGAAAAAGGUUGCUGACCCCUGACUUAGAACCAUGAGGUCUGGAAACUUGCUUUGUUUCACAAAGAAGGGCUGCAGCUACCGGUAGCUGUUCCUUCUUUCGGCUGAAAGAUGGGGAUUUAUUCUCCACAUGGCAAAAUUAAGAAUUUUGUGAGGAUUUGAGGGGACUCUUCUUUCUUCUUAGUAUCCUUUAAAGUACCUGCAAAUAACCCCCACCCUGCAAAACUCUCUCUCCCUUUUCUCCUCCUCCACCUGCGAGCCAAAGCGAAGGAAAACUGUUUUUGUUUCCUGGGUGAUAUGGCUGAAAAGCAGGAGGGAAUUUCUUGUUUUGAGGGCUUCUAGAAUUCCACAGGCGCCCAUCAGGGGGCAGCACUUGACUGUUACAGACCUAAGCUGUAGACCUGAAUCCCCGCAGGGAGAGAAACAGCAGCGAUUUAUUCCUCCCCUUAAGCAAGAGAGCAAUCCUGGACUUCUCAUGUUUGGGUCUAGCACAGGCCAGGAGUGGAGGACUUUUUUUCAGUCUUGAGGGCCACGUCCCCUUCCUCGUAACCUCCUGGGGGCCGCAUGCCAGAGGCAAAAGUGAGCAAAGUAAUAAACGUAAAUAUUAAAACACACAGCGGUGUAGGUGAUGAGAUUCCUACUCAGAGUAGACCCAUUGAAUCGGCAGAAGUUGGCCAUGUCCAUAAUUUCAAUGAGCCUACUCUGAGUAGGAGUGGCUUUGGAUAUUCCCCACGUGCCCCCUCUCUUCCAGGCAAGGAACAGGCAUUUUCAGCCAGGCGAAAACACUCCAGGAGAGUGGGGAUCGGGACCAGCAGGGGGCGUGGCCUGAGAAGAAGGGGAGGGGCUUCCCAAGUGUGCCAAAGGCAUGAUAAAAAGGACUAGAAGGCUUCAAGCCCGGACGUUCUUCACCCUUGCUCUUAAGAACAAAGGAGCUGGAUAUUUUUUAGCCUGCGCAAGAGGAGGCUGAGAGGAGAUAGGAGAGUCAUCUUCCAGUAUCUAAAGGGCUGUCGCAUGGAAGACGGAGCAAGCUUGUUUUCUCCUGCUCCAGAGAGUAGGGCCUGAACCAUGGGUAGGCAAACUAAGGCCCGGGGGCUGGAUCCGGCCCAUUCACCUUCUAAAUCCAGCCUGCGGACGGUCCGGGAAUCAGCGUGUUUUUACAUGAGUAGAAUGUGUCCUUUUAUUUUAAAUGCAUCUCUGGGUUAUUUGUGGGGCACAGGGAUUUCUUCAUUAUUUUUUUUCUUUUCAAAAUAUAGUCCGGCCCCCACAAGGUCUGAGGGACAGUGGACCGGCCCCCUGCUGAAAAGUUUGCUGCCCCCUGCCCUGAACCAAUGGAUUUAAAUGACAAGGAAGGAGAUUCCCACUAAACUUUAGGAAGAACAGUGCAAUGGACAUCCUCUGUCAGGGAUUCUCAAACUGCGAUUCCCCCAUUGCAGGGGUUGGGCUCAUAGCUGUCAACGUUUCCCUUUUUUAAAGGGAAAUUCCCUUAUUCCAAAUAGGAUUCCUUGCAAGAAAGGGGAAAAGUUGACAGCUAUGGUUGACACUACAAUUCUAUGCGGCUUCUCUGGGGCAAACUUGAACGUGUUUUUAAUGGGUUAACCAGCCUCCUUGAUGGCGAUCAAUGGCCGCUAGCACCACCUGCGGCUCUUGCAGUUCCAUUGGGCACCUUAAUUCUCUUCCCCCUCCAGCCACCCCCAGCACCAUGAGGGACUAUUGCCGUUCCCUCAUUAGGAGAAUUGAUUUUAUAUCGAGCUCAGCUGUUUAUUCCCUGGCCGAACCUUCCUGCUACAUAUCUCUCUCUCUGUUUUUGAAAUGUUUACCCAUCUCAUGUCCUGUGGGUUUGUUCCUCCCACCCCUCUUGUGUCUGGGGAGAGUUGGUCAACAGCUAAGCCACCCUCCCCAAUCUGAGGUCCUAUGACCUGCAAGCAGGUGCCCAGAAAUGGUGAUCCAUUUCCAAAGGGAUGCUGCCUCCAGCUUCAGAGUUAUGGGACGUCCCCCUCUGGUGGGCUUGGAAAUUGCAGCAGCGCAGCUUGGCACCUGCGUUGGACGGUUAGGAGCCGCCAUUUUGAUUUCCCACAAUGCUCCGGGGCAAGAGUUGCCAACGUGGCGCUUGCUGGAACCAGCGAAAGGCUCGCUAUGGCCGCCUUUUGGUACCUGAUAGGGAGCCCCCCACCCCCAAUUUUGUGAUCUUGUCUCCUUUUCUGCUCUUUAAGAUACCGCAACCAUUACAACAUGCCCAACGUGGCAGCCAUUUUGUAUUGGGCCCCUCUCCCCAUGGCAGCCAUUUUGUAUUGGGCCCCUCUCCCUGCGGCAGCCAUUUUGUGAUUGGCCCCCACCAUAGCUGUCAACGUUUCCCUUUUUAAAGGGAAAUUCCCUUAUUCCAAAUAGGAAUUUCCCUUAAAAAAGGGAAGUGUUGACAGCUAUAGCCCCCGUGGCGCGCUCUCAGCAUUUCCCAGUGGAGCAGUGCACCAUGGGGAAUUUAAAUGGCAGGUCUUCUAGACCCUGUUAUUUGUUUGCUUCUUUCCUUCAAGGGGAGGGUGGCGUUGGCGCUGGGCUCCUUCGCCCUUUCUAAUAGUUCCCACCCCAAUCCCCAUGUUGUCUUUCCCCCCCAGAAAGUCUGCACCAAAUGUGGGAUUGAAACCCUGAGCGCCCAGAAGCGGCCCAUCUGGUUCUGCAAGAUUUGCAGCGAGCAGAGAGAGGUGAGUCCAUAGUGGCAGGAUUCGUGCUUUGCAGUAUCAGAUGUCUGCUUCUUCAGGAAAGACUCCAAUAAUAAUCGGGGGGGGGGGGGCAGAAAUUAUUACUUGUCUGACCACCGAGUUUUUGGGUCAGUAGAAACUAGUUUCUGCCUGCCUCCUUCAUCCACACACCAAGGCGGUCUCGAGUCUCAUGCCUUAGGUUUGGAAGGGUCAGUCUGGAUGAUGCCCAGGGGUCCCUUCCAAACCUGUGAUCCUGUAUCCUGAGAGCCGGUGUGAUGCAGCAGUGAGAGUCAGACUAGGAUCCGGGAGACCAAGGUUCAAAUUCCCACUCAGUCAAUAUCUUGAGAGCAUCAGAUUGACUUAACCCAGCAACAGAAUGUCCCACAUUAAACUUAGAUUGCAGGUGAGGAACAAAACACACAAAACACUUCCUGCGAAGAGAGAUGAGUGUUGCUUUGACCCUUGCACCUUCAUUUUUUAACCGUUGUGUGAAGGAUCUAUUGAUUUGCCCUCCCUCCAUUAACUGAGUUUAAUCUUCAUUUUUCUUGUUUAAUUUAUUUAUACUUAUAUCUAUAUCCCACUUUUCCUCAAAGUAAAGGAAAUCAAGUUGGCAAGCAUGGUUUCCCUCUCUCCCCCUUUCAUCCUCACAACAAUCCUGCGAUGUAGAUUAGGCCAAGAGGCUGUGACUGGCCCAAGGAUCUCCAAGGGAGCUUCAUGGCUGAGUGGGGAUUUGAACCCUGGUCUCCCAGUCGUUUAGUCGUGUCCACUACUGGGAAAACCAUAGCUUUAACUAUACGGACCUUUGUUGGCAAGGUGAUGUCUCUGCUUUUUGAGAUGCUGUCUAGGUUUGUCAUUGCUUUUCUCCCAAGAAGCAGGCGUCUUUUAAUUUCGUGACUGCUGUCACCAUCUGCAGUGAUCACGGAGCCCAAGAAAGUAAAAUCUCUCACUGCCUCCAUUUCCUCCCCUUCUAGAGAGGAAACCUCACUCCUCAAAUCUUUAUAAAGAGUGCAAGCUAGAAGCACAGGAACUCCUGACUCAGUACUGCCAUCUCCACAUGGACACAACCGUUUUCCCCAGUGGUGAAGGCAGUAUAUAUUCAAACUUGCGAAAGUGAAAGCACGUCUGUAUUUUGGAAUUGUUAAAUUUUGCAAAUAGGCUGCCAAAGCGUCAAAAUGACUAGGUGGGAAAUGCCUCAGUGGCUGAUCUCAGCCCAACCGACCUCUUGGGGUGCUGUGAGGAUGGGGAGAAUAUGGAUGCCUCCUUCCACCCUUCUGUGGAAGGGUGGUAUACAAAUGUGAGGAAUGAGAAGUAGUUGAGCGAUAAAAGCAGAGUAAGACGUUUUCAAAAUGUCUCCCUUCAUCGGUGUCUUUACCCAGGAAAAGCAGUCGCUUCCUUUACCCCUUGACAGGGCCGGCACUGUUUUGGAUGGGGUGCCUUGCUCAGCCCCUGUGAAGCUUGACGACGCGAUGCUGUUUAAACACCAGCCUUUUAACAUGAAAAAUCUGUCCGGUUUGAGGCUUGUGCAGCGCCCGGAAUGAUUUAUUUGAAGCCUGAUCACCUCCUGCUCGCAGCAGACUAGGGACGGGCAGAUAUGUCAAUUUCAGUUUCCGUCAUAUUUCCAAUCUUCAGCUCUCCGCAUUUCUGCACCAGUUUCCAGUAAAAAAGAAAGCCCUCGUAAAAAUUCAGCAAUUUAGUGUGAGUUUCUCCUAAUAGGCAUGUUUGUCAUUCGGUUUUGCCUAAUAUCCACUUUUGGUAAAGCAAGGGUGUGUAACAACAACAGCAACAACAACAUCAGACUCUUAAUAUCAGGGUUGCGGGUUCAAGCCUGAAAGAUUCCUGCAUUGUAGGGGUUGGACUAGAUGACCCUCAUUGUCCCUACCAACUCUGUGUUUCUAAUAAUAAACAAUUGUUAAUUGAUUUCUGCUUUUAGCUUUUUUGUGGUUUUUGUUGUACGGUCUCAUGCUUUAUUUCUGUAAACCACUUUGAUAUCUUUUUAUGGCAUAGUGGUAGAUAAAUAUUUUUAUAAAUUAAUUAUAAUGAUAACCAUAAUGUGCCAUUUUAUGCACGUUUUAUCCUGGCAAAUGCCAUUUUUUUUGCACACCUUGACUUGGCCAGACAGCAGCAUUGCAAAAUCCACAGGAGCGCAAAUUCCAUAGGUUGGCUUUUCACAUGCUUGUUUCAGGACGUGCGGAUUAAGUAAAUUCGCGUUUCGGAAUUAAACUGAGCCGAUUUCUCUGAAUUUCUGAUGUCUUCUACAUCAGAAGGUGCAGUAUGUGGACUUGCUUUACCUGGGUUUAGGAAAUCAGCCUCUUCUCCCCCACCCAUCCCUGCCGCUCUGCAAGGCAGUCAUUGGUCCAAAGACAGAUUGGUCCAAAGGAUGUAAUUGCAAAGUUCUGCUGGUGCAUAAUGAAAAAGACCGGGGUUCUUGUUUAAUUUCCCCACUUGCCUCAUUUAUCCUGCCGCUGCUUGACUUUUUCUUUUUUGGGGGAGAGGUACAAUUCUGUGCAGCCUCAUUAAUAAUGGUGUGCGUGUUCUACAUGCUAACUAAAUGGGCCCGAACCCAUAUGACAUCUGUUAGCAAGCUGCUAUUUGCUGUAAUGAGAGAGAGAAUGUAUAAAAUUACCUGGAGCCGUGCCCAUGCUUGCUUCAAUCACCAACCCCACCUGCCUCCACCCCCAUGCCAAACCCUGCCCUUAGAGUUGCUCCUCCACGGUCUGCCUAGACUGCCCACCUCAGUCUCCCUCUUCCGCCUUCUUUCUCCUCACCCUCCAUCACUGCUGCAGUGGCUCAAUAGCCCUCAGAAGACUGUUAACACUCUCUAGGUUGCAGCGCCACCUGCUGGUGCCCAAGGAAAGUACUGUGUGAUGACAGCCUUAUCUUUUUAUUAUAUCAAUGCCAAGCAUCUCAGACAUAGCCAUUUCAGCAUGGGGCGCAGAAUCAAUAAUUCUCAGAAUCUUUUCCCCCUUUUUUAAUAAUCAGGUUUUCAAGAGCGAGGCUCAGCAUACUUUAGGCUUGCGGGGUUUUUGUUUUUGUUUUUCUGGAACCCACCAGUUGGAACCAAGGGCAAAACACAUAUGCUUGGAAUGGAAGAAUUCUUAUCUUGGGGAUUUGGUUUUGAGAACUGAACUGAGCUCAUAGUCUUGUCUACCACUUCAGAUGCAACCCCCACUGUACUUCACAUCAGAAGUAUCCCAAUACAGCUUCCUCCCACACCAGGCCUAGUGGCAGCUGCAGGCAUCGUGUUGGCCAUGCCCACUUAACUGAGGGGCACUACUAAAUAAAUAAAUUUAAGUGCUGUGGCAUCUUGGGGCCAGCCCUGGGGACAGUUCAUAGAAUCACAGAAUUGUAGAGUUGUAAGGGACCCCCAAAGGCCAUCAAGUCUAACCUUCUGCAAUGCAGGAAUCUUGACUCAAGCAUCCAUGAUGGAGGGCCUCUUUCUAAAAGCCUCCAGCUGAGGGAGUCUGUUCUGUGGCUCUUGCCCUCAGCAGGUUCUUCCUAAUGUUUGGCUGGAAUACCUGCCCUUCAUCCGUGGAUACCUGCCCUUCAUCCGUAGGUCUCCGAGCGGUUCACAACAUAAAAAUACAGGAUAAAAACACGUCUUCCAUGUGACGGCCCUUCAGAUAUUUGACGACGGCAAUCAUAUCGUUCCUCUCCUCCAACUACCUAAGCCAUUCCUCAUAAACCCACAGGGCCUGAAAUAUUUCCAGACCUUCCGAUUCCCUCCACCCCAAAAGCAGACCCACACUUCCUUGACUCAAAAAACCCGUCUCGUUCAGUUCGCUCUUUGCUUUGUCGGAAGGCUGCAACGAAACUGGGUUGGCUUUUUUGUCUCUGGAUAUUGCUUCGUUUUCUCUUGCGCUCCCUUCCCCACUCCCUCUCCUUUACCCGAAGCCGUGUAUAUUAAAUGUGCGCUAAUAAGCUCCCUUCAUUGCAAUCUCGCUAUUAAAAUCUAAAUUGGAACGUGUGGCGAGCAUUCUUGCGGGAAGCGCGAAGUCUUUAUCGCUGUAGCUGGCCGCGUCUGCCGCUGGGGCGCCCUAAUCUUCUCGCUCUGAUUUUUCACACUCAAACGAUCUUUUUCUCUCGGCUUGAGUCCCUCUUAGGCUGAAUUUCUAUAAGGAGGCAGCAGCCUCUCAGCAGCUUGUAAUGCUUUUAUUCCGUUGUUAAUAUUGUACUUCCAUUUGCCCCUUCUAUGUGGUUUUUACCAGAGAGCACUCAAGCCUGUGUGUCUUUCGUAGGCCCUCUUGGGAGUUAGCCUUGUGAGCUUGGAUUUCUCAUCGCGGGGUCCCAGUCAUGAAUGCCGGGGGGAGGGGGGCUGACCCAUACAGCACAACCACAUUAUCCCACAAUCUUGGAGGGCAUUGGGCUGAGCACUCCUGCAGUACAAUGUCCUGUCCUAAAGUUAGAUUGCAGGUGUAAAAGGUAAAGGGACCCCUGACUAUUAGGUCCAGUCGUGACCGACUCUGGGGUUGCAGCGCUCAUCUCGCUUUAUUGGCCGAGGGAGCCAGUGUACAGCUUCCGGGUCAUGUGGCCAGCAGGACUAAGCCGCUUCUGGCGAACCAGAGCAGCGCACGGAAACGCCGUUUACCUUCCCGCUGGAGCGGUACCUAUUUAUCUACUUGCACUUUGACGUGCUUUUGAACUGCUAGGUUGGCAGGAGCUGGGACCGAGCAAUGGGAGCUGACCCCGCCUUGGGGAUUCGAACUGCCAACCUUCUGAUUGGCAAGUCCUAGGCUCUGUGGUUUAACCCACAGCACCACCCGCGUCCCUGAUUGCAGGUGAGGAUCGUUUAAAAAAUACUAUUUGCAAAGAUAAACGAGGGUUGCCAGAAAAGGGCUUUUUGGCUCUUGCAGACUUCAUUUCCCCCCUCGCCAUUGUGCAAAGGAUUGAUUUGUUCUCCCUCCAUUAAUUUGGUUUAAGCUGCCCUUUAUCAAGCUUGUCGUGUCAGCUUCAGAAAAGAGAGAGAGAGAAGAAAAAUAGGUUGGAAGAGAAAUUCUCAUGCUGGACUUUGAAUAGCUUGCUUUUCUGAACUGAAAUUGGAUGCUUUUGCUCCGAGCCCUUAUUGCUACCAAUGGUUUUGUUGUAAAAAGUUUUCCAAAACAGGUGCAAGACCCUCCUCUCAUAAGUGUCUCUGCAUGAGUCACUGUUCCAGGCGUUCAUCAGUUGGCAGAAAGCCACGAUUCAUACAGAGACGCAAAGGGCAGACUCUCCUGUUUUUGAGGGCAGGCUGUUUCUCAGUUAAAAGGCAAUUUCUCGCCUGCUGUUGAUUGCCAUGGUGAUUUUCAGAGCAGAUUAUUUAAAAUCAAUAUGUAAUAGAUCAAUCUUGAAUCCUAAUUACGAUUCCCUCUUCUCUUAUAUAAGCGCAUGAAGGAUCUACCGUAUCUUUACAUUUAUUUCAUGACUUCUCUUGUUAAUGCAUUAAUGCAAAUAACUCUAAGCUUAUAUUACAACUCACUGUAAGCUUUUUAAAAUCUGAUUGUAAUAAGAAAGUUUCCAGCAAUUGGUAUUCCGAUACAGACAACAACCGUGCGAGGUAAACUAGUCUGAGAGAGAGACAGUAGCUUGCCCAAGGUCACCUAGUUUGCUUCAUAGCCGAGGGGUGAUUCGAACCCUGAUCUCAGAGGGCCUAAUCCGAUGCUCUAAGUGCUACAGUGGCUUCCCAGUGGCAUGGGAUGAAUAGGCAAUUUCUGCACCCGGGUUGAUUUCUGUCGGGAUUCUUGCAGGGCUGAGUGCUGUUCGAUUAGUGGUUUCCCGGGGUUGUGCUUGUUCCGCUGUCCUCAUUCAGUGUCCACAGGAUCUUUGCGAGGGGGGAGGAUGGAGAGAAAACCAGAACAAAUCAGCCCCACAGCCAGUACAGUGGUACCUCGGGUUAAGUACUUAAUUUGUUCCGGAGGUCCAUUCUUAACCUGAAACUGUUCUUAACCUGAAGCACCACUUUAGCUAAUGGGGCCUCCCGCUGCUGCCGUGCCACCGGAGCACAAUUUCUGUUCUCAUCCUGAGGCAAAGUUCUUAACCCGAAGUAAUAUUUCUGGGUUAGUGGAGUCUGUAACCUGAAGCGUAUGGCACCUGCGGUACCACUGUACAUCCCUUGGGUCACCCCAGGAGGGUCCAGAGAUCACCCCGAUUAUUUGCUCUCCUUCUCUCUAGGUUUGGAAGCGGUCCGGCGCCUGGUUCUACAAAGGCCUCCCCAAGUACAUCCUGCCUUUGAAAAGCGGCAGCGGCAAAGCCUGCGAGCAGACCCCGCGGCCUCGCCACCUGGAGCCGCCAGCGAUGGACCUCAAGGGGGUCGCUCCCCGUCAUUCCUUCACCUGGGCCAGAGGAAGAGGUCAGUCCUUUCCUGGCUCUCUGUGGCCUGACAGCGGGGUGUGGGGUGGGGUGAAGACUUCCAGGGCCACAACACGAUUUUGAAAGAAAUAUUGCAGAAAUAAGUGGUGGUGGUGGAAUCUUAGAAGUGCAAUGUUGGAAAGCAACCCCAAGGAUCAUCCACGAGAGAUGGCCUUGCAACUUCUGCUUAAAAACCUCCAUCGAAGGAGAGUCCGCCAUGGAUAUUUUAGCUGAGAUUCCUGCACUGUAGGAAUGUGGAUUCUUGCGAAUCCUAACCUCCUGAGCAGGAGAAAACAAGCUUGCUAACCACCUUCCAUGGAGCAGUCCUUUAAAUGUUUAGAGCCAGGGUGGUGUUUUGGUUAGAGUGUCAGACUGGGACCUGGGAGAUCGGGGUUCGAAUCCCCCAUCGGCCAUUAAUCUGACUGGGUGACCUUGGCCAAUCACUGUCUCUCUCCGUCUAGCUUACUUCACAGGGUUGUGGUGCAGAUUAAAUGAGGAGUGGGAAACCCAGAAUAGAUUUAGCCAGUGCACAGGGGAGAGGGGAGGGAAAGAGAAGUCCUGUUGAGUAGACAAAAGCCCUUGGGCUAUGGGAGAAGCUUGGUUGGACACUGCCAGACUAUUAGGGCAAAUUACAGUGGUACCUCGGGUUACAUACGCUUCAGGUUACAUAUGCUUCAGGUUACAGACUCCGCUAACCCAGAAAUAGCGCUUCCGGUUAAGAACUUUGCUUCAGGAUGAGAACAGAAAUCGUGCUUCGGCGGCAGCAGGAGGCCCCAUUAGCUAAAGUGGUGCUUCAGGUUAAGAACAGUUUCAGGUUAAGAACAGACCUCCAGAACAAAUUAAGGACUUAACCUGAGGUAUCACUGUAUUUGCAAAUGGUAGGAGAGGGGCACACCUGAAUGUUUGCAAAUUUUUGUAUGGACUUAAAAAAAAAAAAAAAAGUUCAUAAACUGAUCUGGAACUGAGAAAGCCCGGAGAAAUGGAUAGGAGCUGAAAUUGACAAAUUUGUCCACCCCAUAUCAUAGAAUCAUAGAAUUGUAGAACUAGAAGGGACCAUAAGGAUCAUCUAGUCCACCCCCCCACAAUGGAGGAAUCUUUUGCCCAGCGUGGGGCUCAAACCCACAACCCUGAGAUUAAGAGUCUCAUGCUCUACUGACUGAGCUAUUCCCGUAAUUUGGGGUAUCUUUGGUGGGUGUUGAUGCUGUGGGUGUGCUCUCUCACACAGCUGCAUUGAUGCGAGUAUUUACUCUUCCUGGCUGUUGCCAGGGUAACCCCUCCCAGCCUUUUUCGGCACUUGAUUUAUGGCUGGAGGAAGUGCCAACAGCUCUGACAACCAUUUUGCUGUGUUCCCAGUCGUCCUCCGUCCCCUUUUUGCAUCAACAUGUGUUCGUAGGGACGAUCCACUGCUUUGUCGCACAGAAACUCCUAGUGUGGUCUCCUGUAUUUCUGAAUAUCCUCUUGCCACGUGAAUGGCAAUAGAUGGAAAACCACCUAUCGGUGCAGAAUUUGUGCUAAGCAAUUUGCUGGUGGGGCAUGGCAGUGUUAAGAGUUGCCCUUUUUGGAGGAACCACCUUUUCUGGGUGUUUGCACAGCCUGGCCAUGCUCAGAGCAGCCACUCGAGAAAGCCAGAACAGUAACUCUUGCAGUGAGCUAGAACGCAGGUAGCCUGUGCCGUGUCAGGAGUGAUCCUAUGCCCAGUGUAGGGAUGGGAGUAGAAUGAUUUACUCCUAACAAAAGGUGAUGGGAAGGAGGAAUGGACAGACCGGUGACUCAUACAGAGACACAGCAGCCUUUCUGGGCUUUCCAGAAGACUGGGGGGGUUAAAUGCAAACACCCCUAAUUUCCAGUUCGUGAAAUAAUACGCAAACCAAAACGCAUCAAUCCUUCAAAAUCCAAAUAGCUCCAAAUUUGGUGACACCGUUCUGUACAUGCACACAGUGUACAAAAACGCACGCUUUGUGGGAAAUGGUUCUUAAAACAUAUAUAUUGGCAUAUAUAUUGGGAAAGUUCCACUGAAAAAUGCAGAGAGCUCCUUGGAGGAAUAAAAGGGGGUGAGAUAUAAAUGCAAUGCGGUGACUUCAUCCCCUAUUUUCAUAUUUUCUUUGCUCCAGCUUCAGACAGGAGCUGUUGCUCAGCUGGGGCUCACCCUUGGACUUUGAGGCCUUCUGCAAGGAUACUGGGAUUGUCUAUCCAUUGUCAAAUGGCCUUGCCAUAAAAAAAGGAAAAAGACAAUUCUGUCUCCUCUCCUCUUCUCCCCCACCUGAUCUCGCCAUCAAACAGCUGGCAGCUAAAUUAGUUCCCUCCUCACAUGGUGUUUAAAUAGAAGAAGUGGUUGCAGUUUUCUUUUUUCUCCUUUUGUUUUUUUUUUGCUGCAAAGUGGGAAUAAUUUACCAAUUCAAAUCGCACCCUUAGAUUUGUGUCAGCGAAAUUGAGCCUCCUUCGUUUUUAUCACUCUCUCUUCUUCUGUCUCCCUUUCGUUGAGUUUGCAGAAACAGCAAAAAGUGAAGUAACAUUUAAUGAGACUCGUGUUUGGCACGAUCCGCUGUUGGGUUUUAGAUUGCUUGCUUUAAUAGCAACGACAAAACAAAACAAAAAACCUGCCACAAAUGACCAGAACCUUACUUGGAAAGUCACUACGUGCUUCCUUGUUCAAAAUCCACAGCAUAAGACCCUCAGAUAUGAACAUAUUUGGUCUUGAGGUUCUGGAGCGAAAGAACAAAGAAGUCGAUCCCUUCUCCAUCAGGAUCUUUGAGAUCCAAUGAAGCCGAUUGUUUGAAGAUUCCCAAUGGGGCAUCUGGUUGGCCACUGGCCUGAUCCAGCAGCCUUGUCUUCUGCUCUUACAUAGUUAAUCUUGCAGCUAGCAAGCUCAAAACCUUUUAAUUUCCAGGUGUCUUCCCCCCUCCCAAUAUGUUAUUAUAGGAGUUGCUUCUGAACAACUCCAGAGAAAUGUCACAAGUACAUUUGGGUCUUAUGAACACUGGUUCUCAAAAGACCCGCACUGGUUGCCUGUGUGCUUCGGAGUCUAUCUCUAGGGUCUUCCUCUGGCAGACAAAACCCUAAAUGAGCUGAGCACCAAAUAUCCCAUGUAGAUCUGCCUGGGGGUUGAAAUCUCCAGGAGAAAUCUCCCUGCAAUUCAUUGAGCCAGUAUUGCAUGACAGGGCCUUCUCUGUCGUGGCUCCCGGGUUACGGAAUGCCUCUGAGUAGCGUUUGUCUUCAAAGCUGCAUGCAUAUCUCAACAUCCAGACAAGAUAUAUUAUAAGCUACAUCUCGUACAACAAAAUAUUUAAUUUAGAGUUUAUUGGACUCCCAUCACGAUUGCAUAAACAUGGUCUAUUGACGACAACGUGCUGUUGGAGAUGCAGUAAGGAGAGUGCUUCUUUGAAGCAUAUGAUUUACAUGGUGGUCAGCGUUAGCAAAUUUUUGGAGAAAAAUACUAGGAAGUAUAAGAACUAUUGUGGAGAAGGAGUUACAAUUUUUGGAAGGUAACUAUAGGAUAAAAAUAUGACCUCCUUUGAUCAAUGGAUAGAUGACAUGACAACUUUUGUAACCUAUGAACAGAUCGCUUUCAGACGAAAAUUAUGCCUGGACAAAUUUAAUAUUUGGAAAGUAUUUAUCGAAACCAUAGUAACUCAUGAAGUGAGGGAUAUAAUAAGUCUUAUCUAUUUACAUAUAUAUUACAUAGUUCUGCAACCCUAAUUAGUUUAUAAUGUUACUUCGUUAUUGUUGUUAUCCUGUUUUCUUUUGUUUCUUUCCCUCCUCUUCUUUCUUCUUCUUAUUUACUUCAAUUAACUGUAAAACUUUCAAUAAAAUAUAAAUAAAUGGAAAACCCCCAGUUUAGAUGUGCCUUUCCACACAGACAUUGGGGGGGGGGGGUUGAGGAUGGAAUCUGAAUAUCCCUCUCACUGCGGCAGGCUUGCCAUUUCUGACUAGUGUUGAUUCAGUUUAUAAUUUAUGGCCCGAUCUUCCCCCCUCCUCCCCAUCCGCCUUGUAUUUCUGUCUCCCUACAGUGGUCUCUAGUGAUAGUGACAGCGACUCUGAGUUCAGCUCGUCGAGUCUGGAUGACCGGUCUUUGCUCGCAGGAUCGAAGGGUUUCAAGAUCAGACAACAUGGAGCUGAAUCUGGUGAGGAAACUUCUUGUGACACUGGGUGCUCCUUCAGCAUUGCAGUAUUAUGCAGUAUUAUUAUUAUUAAGAUUUUAUUAAAUGUACAGUGGUACCUUGGUUCUCAAACUUAAUCCGUUCCAGAAGUCCGUUCCAAAACCAAAGCGUUCCAAAACCAAAGCGUUCCAAAACCAAGGCACACGUUCCCAUAGAAAGUAAGGCAAAACGGAUUAAUCCGUUCCAGACUUUUAAAAACAACCCCUAAAACAGCAACUUAACAUGAAUUUUACUAUCUAAUGAGACCAUUGAUCCAUAAAAUGAAAACAAUAAUCAAUGUACUGUACUAUAAAAUAAAUAAGAAGGUAUUGUAGAUAAUAAAAAUAAAAAUAAUUAUUUUUUCUUACCUGCACUGAUGAUAGUCAUUGUAUGGAUGAAUUUAUCCAUUUCCGCAGUCACACAAUCAAUCAGUCAGUAGCUGAACUGGGUUCCACACAGUCACAAAAACAAAUUAACUGAAAAAGCCUCAAAAACAAAAACGCAAAAUAAAUAGCAAAAACAAAAGCGCCAAACUUAAUCCGUUCCGGAAGUCCACUUGACUUCCAAAAUGUUUGAAAACCAAGGCACAGCUUCUGAUUGGUGCAGGUGCCCCGGAAACAAUAGCCAACAGCUGCAUCGGACGUUCGGCUUCCGAAAAAUAUUUGAAAACCAGAACACUUACUUCUGGAUUUUCGGCGUUUGGGAACCCAGGCACCACUGUGUAUACAUUUGCAGGAGCACUUUGUACAAGUUUCUAAGGCACAGGGGCAGAGCCUUUAUCAGCCAGAGGGCCACAGAACCUUCUGGGGGGCCACUUGCCAGUGGUGGGCGGGGCCAGAGGCAAAAGCGGGAGGGGCAAGUUUCUGCACACUCUCAUUCCCCCCUCUCUAUCCUUCCACCCAGGCAAGCAAAGAGGAACGAUCAGAGUUCAAGGACACAUUUCCCGCCACUCAAGGAAGGGGUGAAGUCGGGUUGGUGAGGGGUGUGGCCUGGGGAGAGAAAGGGGGGUGGUUGAAGAGAAGGCGUGGCUUGGGGAGACCUCUGAGGGCCAGGCAGAGAGACCUAGAGCGCUGCAUUUGGCCCUCAGGUCAGCACAGACCAUCUUAAGGGGCUGGAAGGCCAGGAGAAAUGGCAGCAAUCUUUGAAACGCUGUAAUUUGACUCAGGUUCAAAACCCAGUGUUCAAAAAGGGCACUAUUGGUGUCUUGGUUAGAGCUCCGACCCAGGGUUCAAAUCCACACUGAAGCUCACUGCCUAACCUACCCCCCAGUGUUGCUGUGGGGAUUAAAUGAGGAAGGGGACCGUCUUCAGCUCCUUGGAGAAAAAGGCGGGAUAUAAAUGCAAUAAAUAAAUAUAAAAGAAAUAAAAAGGCAGCGUGGUUUUGCGGGGAGGGCCUUCCAUAUGAAAAAAAAAAAAAGUUUAAAAUGGUAGAGGUCACACCCCGCUCCCUGUUAAUACAUAAAAGCCUCUUUUCAGGAACGUGUUUAUUUGACUUCACUGCGCCGUAGGGAAAUUGAUCUUCGCAAGACUCCUCUUAAUAAAGUCACGCUGGUUUUUUUAAGGCCAUAAUAUUAUUUUGCGCAGUGGCAGAUUUUAAUCUGUGACAUACUUUGGCAUUGACUGAUUAUUGUUCCAAGGUUUCUUGAGCGGCUGCCUCUGCAUGAUAGAUCGUUUCAAAUCAUUUUAUAGGGAAAGGGGCUGGCUUGCUAUUGACAGAUAACGUCCUUGCGUACAUUUUCUUAAAAUGGAUGCCUUCGGGAAUAAGCACCCGUAGCAACUGUUUCUGCAAAACAUUUCCCCCCCUCUUUCGGUUAGCUUUUGUUUUGCUUACCUUGAUGAAGAGCUCCUGUUGCUCUAAGUGCAUGAGGGUGGUUUUCUAAGGGGGGGGGUAGUGUGGGUGUGGGUGUGUGCUGGGAGAAACACUGCUCUGUAAUAGACAUCACUUGCUUGGCAUGCUGAAGGUCUCAGGUUUUCUCCCUCAUGGCAUUUCCAGGCAGCGCUGAAAUGUGGAACCAUAAACCCUGGAGAGUCGUCUCCCAUCACGGUUGACAAUACUGUGCUAGUGGUCUGGCUCAGGAUAAGGCAGCUUCCAAUUUCAACCAGCCCUUUGUUCAGAACCAUGAGGACUGGAACCUUGCUUUAAAUUUACGGGAAAGGGCUGCAGCUCUGCUUGGCAUGCACAAGGUCCCAGGGUUCAACCUCAGAAUCCCCAGGUAGAGCUGAAACUGACCGUCCAUCCUGAACUCGAUGGACUUGCAGUUGACUUGGGGUAAAGUAGUGUCAUAUGGGAACGCUGGUGGCGUUAAACCACAGAGCCUAGGACUUGCCGAUCAGAAGGUCAGCGGUUCGAAUCCCCGCAAUGGGGUGAGCUCCCGUUGCUCGGUCCCUGCUCCUGCCAACCUAGCAGUUCGAAAGCACGUCAAAGUGCAAGUAGAUAAAUAGGUACCGCUCUGGCGGGAAGGUAAACGGCGUUUCCGUGCGCUGCUCUGGCUCGCCAGAAGCGGCUCAGUCAUGCUGGCCACAUGACCCAGAAGCUGUACGCCGGCUCCCUCAGCCAAUAAAGCGAGAUGAGCGCUGCAACCCCAGAGUCGGUCACGACUGGACCUAAUGGUCAGGGGUCCCUUUACCUUUACCUAGUGUCAUGUGGGACUUAACUGUCAAACAGCGAGUUGGCAGUAAAUCACGCUGUUCAAAGUUGGAGUUAACCCUUUAUUAGCAAAAACACAACCUGCACAGACUUGGCUGAGUGUCCGGCCUUAAUGGGCACAGCAGCUGAUCCCUGGUAGGUCUGGCCCCAUGGAUCAGUUGCUGAGACUGAAAGUCCCACCCCACAAAGCUGCCUGAGUCCCCUCCUCCCCAGGGUUUCCCCCCAAGCAAUCAGAGACACUGCCUGCAUAAUGCUAACUUAUCCUCCGCGCUUUUCAUGCCUCUCCUGGUUCUGGGAGAACAGCGGGGAGGGGAGCUUGUCACAGCAGGAGGGGGAGACACUGUGACUCUUCACCAGCCUGACUCAUCUCUGCCUCUUGGCCUCUCCUGCUCCAGCUUCUGGACUUUUCUCUGCCACAGACUUUCCCAGCUCACUGAGCCCUGUUCCCCCUCGUCUUCCAGCCCCUCCUCUUCCAAUUCUUCUCCCUCUGACCACUCAUCGUGGGUCUUCUUCUCCUGGGGGUUCCCCAGCCAGUGCCUCCCACCAUUCCUCUACAUCCAACCGGUCCAUUUCACUAACCAUCAAUCCCCCACCCCGAUUGUUGUGUGUAAGACCACCAGAAGGGCCUGGCUGCUGGAUAUUUAGGUAUAGUUUUUGAAUGAGGUUUCACAAACCAGGACAGAUAACCCAAAAGUAUAAACAUCCUCCACCAAUUGUCAGCAUGAGAACAAACAAUUAGCAUGAAAGCAGAAUGAUUCUAGUAGUGACCAGUGCAGCGCCCGCCCUGUGGAACACCCUCCCAUCAGAUGUCAAGGAAAUAAGCAGCUAUCUUAUUUUUAAAAGACAUCUGAAGGCAGCCCUGUUUAGGGAAGUUUUAAAUAUUUAAUGCUCUAUUGUUUUUAACACUCAAUUGGGAGCCGCCCAGAGUGGCUGGGGAAACUCAGCCAGAUGGGCGGGGCAUAAAUAAUAUUUUGUUGUUGUUUAGUUGUUUAGUCGUGUCCGACUCUUCGUGACCCCCUGGACCAGAGCACGCCAGGCACUCCUGUCUUCCACUGCCUCCCGCAGUUUGGUCAAACUCAUGUUCGUAGCUUCGAGAACACUAUCCAACCAUCUUGUCCUCUGUCGUCCCCUUCUCCUUGUGCCCUCCAUCUUUCCCAACACCAGGGUCUUUUCCAGGAGUCUUCUCUUCUCAUGAGGUGGCCAAAGUAUUGGAGCCUCAGCUUCAGGAUCUGUCCUUCCAGUGAGCACUCAGGGCUGAUUUCCUUCAGAAUGGAGAGGUUUGAUCUUCUUGCAGUCCAUGGGACUCUCAAGAGUCUCCUCCAGCACCAUAAUUCAAAAGCAUCAAUUCUUCGGUAAUCAGCCUUCUUUAUGGUCCAGCUCUCACUGCAAUAUAUAUAUAUAUAAUUAUCUAGUCCAGCAUCGUGAUCUCACAGCUGUGGUUGGGCUCUCUGCCUCCCGCUCCACCAGCCGUCACGGGGAAUGGAGCUGUAAGUAGGAAUCUGCAUGGACUGGCCAAGAGAUCAGACCCUCUUCUUCCACCCCGCAGUGUCCAGCAGCGAAGUGACCCGGACCCCCACCAGGACCCCCAGCCGUGCCUUGGGGAGCAUCGUGUCAGAGAGCCAGAGUAGCCUCUGCAGCGAGAGGGGAGGAGCCUUGAGCGCUACGGAGAGCUGCCACAGCGACCUCCCGGCUGAAGACGAAGACAGCGAUGCCGGCCGCGGCGUCUCUGGUGAGUGGGGAGGAGGGGAAGAGGGGCACAGGAGGCCGGCCAGACUCUCCUGGACCAUCAAGGAAGCUGCUUUGUACUGAGACAGACCAGGGGUCCAUCUAGCCCAGCAGUGCCUGCACUGACUGGCAGCAGCGCUCCAGGGUUCCAGGCAGCGGGACGUCCCUAGGCCAAGGAUUGCACCCGGGGCUUUUUGCAAGCUGGACAGAUGCUCUCCUGCUGAUCUAAUCCUAACUGUCCAGACCUCAUGGUUCUCAGUUGAGAGGUGGUAAUAGCAGGAACAUAGAAUGUUGCCUUAUAAUGAGCAGAUUAUCAGCCCCUCUAGCUCAGCGCUGUCAAUAGCUCAGUCAACAGAGCCCGAGACUCUGAAUCUCAGGGUUGUGGGUUUGAGCCCCACGUUGGGCAAAAGAUUCCUGCCUUGUGGGGGUUGGUCUAGAUGGCCCUCAGGGUCCCUUCCAACUCUAGUUCUAUGAUUCUAACACUGACAGGCUGCAGCUAUCCAGGGUUUCGGGCAGAGGACAUUAGUUUGGUUAGCGCUGUGUGCAGAAGCCCUUCCUUUUGUCUGCCCUGAAUCUUCUGACAUUUAGCUUUCAUUCGGUGGCCCCAGUGAGUUAUCAUAUUAUAAGACGGGGGCGGGGGCGGGGGGGGAAUCCCAGUCCACUUUCUCUACAUCAUGUCUAAUAUUAUACACUUCUCUACUGUGUUCCGUCCCAUUACUCACUGUUUUUUUCCAGAUUAAAAAAGACCCAAACAUUGCAAUCUGUGCUUGCUUUCGUUUUUAAAGAUACAAGUUUCUAGUCCAUGUGAUUCUGUGAGAGCAGGGUGCUGGGCCGGGUGGGCCCUGGGCCUGAUCCAGCAGGCUCAGCUUAUGUUCUUAAAGGUGCUUUCCUUCGGCUCUGUAAAAAGAUGCUAGUGGGUGGGCCACAGGCAGCAAAUCAUGCAUUUUGGUCUGUCUGUGCCGUGGUCCUGCCACCCAGCUGGCUCCCUUUCACGUUGGAACAGGAAGUAAGGGCUGUUUUUUCACUCCUGCAUCCUCCUUAGAUCUUCACCUGAGAGUUUUGAACUCUUCCAUCAACUUUGCUGCUUUUAGCUUACCGCGGGAACUUGGGUGCAAAUGAAGUUUGCAAGAACUGGGAGUUUAAAAAAAAGGGGGGGGGGAAGUACCCUGAAGUGUGACUUUGUUAUCCAAGGUGAAAAUUUUAGUGUUUGCAAUGUAUAUUUAUAUAUAUUUUUCUGGGCCAGCUCUAAAUCUAAGGCAUUAAUAUGCACACACUCUGUUUCGCACCUUGACAGUCCUCCUCUCUCACUUCCCCACCCCAAAUCAGCUUGUUUUGCAACUUGCCGGAAACUUUUCUGUGUGCCUGUGGGACAUUGAUUUUGGAUUGAACCUGGGAAAUUCAGUGCACUCUCCCUGAGCCACAGACGGGGCUAGAUGGAUGCUGUUUUGCCGGUAAAAAAUCAACCAUUUGCAACUAAGCAACUGAGAAUUCUGUGGCCUGCUUUCAUUUCAGGUCCCUUAUCCUGCUUUAUUUGUUUGCCUAAUUCAUUCUGCUCAUGUUUUUUAAUCAAGCCAAAGGAGGCUUUUGCUCUCUUGCCACAAAGUAUCUUAUUCACUAACUCAAGUUGCUUAAAGGUAAAGGGACCCCUGACCAUUAGGUCCAGUCGUGGCUGACUCUGGGGUUGCGGCGCUCAUCUCGCUUUACGGGCCGAGGGAGCCGGCGUACAGCUUCUGGGUCAUGGCCAGCAUGACUAAGCCGCUUCUGGCGAACCAGAGCAGCACACAGAAAUGCCGUUUACCUUCCCGCCGGAGCGGUACCUAUUCAUCUACUUGCACUUUGACGUGCUUUUGAACUGCUAGGUUGGCAGGAGCAGGGACCGAGCAAUGGGAGCUCACCCCAUCGCGGGGAUUCGAACCGCCGACCUUUUGAUCGGCAAGUCCUAGGCUCUGUGGUUUAACCCACAGCCCCACCCAUGUCCCAACUCAAGUUGCUUAGAUGUCACCAAAUUUUGCCCUCUCUCUCUCUCUCUCUCACACAUAUAUCUUCUUGCCUCCUAAAAACAAAAACGAGCUCCAAGAUUCUGCAGCUAGGGUCAAAGACAGGAGCCUAAAUAGAGCCUUGCUGUAUCAGGCCAGUGGCCUAUCUAGUGCAGCAUCCUGUUCUCUCAUCGGCCAACCAGAUGCCCCUGUGGGAAAACAGCAAGUAGGAACUGAGCAAAAGAGCAACUCUUCCCCACCUGCGAUUCUCAGCAGCUGAUGUUCAGCGGUAUACUGCUUCCAACAGGGGAUAGCAGAACAUAACCAUCAUGACUAGUUGCCUUCUCCUCCAUGAAUUUGGGAGCAUAUUCACCCAGUGCUUUUCCACCUGCAUUGGCUCCUGGUGGAGUACAGGGUCAGAUUUAAGGUGCUGGUUUUGACCUUCAAAGCCCUUCGCGGCCUAGGACCCUCGUACCUACGGGACCGCCUCUCCCGGUAUGCCCCACAGUGGACCUUAAGGUCCAUAAACAGCACCACCCUAGAGGUCCCGGGCCCUAAGGAAGUCAGAUUAGCCUCAACCAGAGCCAGGGCCUUUUCAACAUUGGCCCCGGCCUGGUGGAACACUCUGUCUCAUGAGACCAGGGCCCUGCGGGAUCUGAUUUCUUUCCACAGGGCCUGUAAGACAGAGUUGUUCCGCCUGGCCUUUGGCUUGGAAUCAAUUUGAUUUCCUCCCCCUCUUUCCUUUCUCCUUUAUCCUUCUGUGAUGGAACUCCUGUUUGGGGACUUCCCUGGCUUUUUUUCUGGCCCACGUAGGACAAGUCUGGAUAGUUGGCCUUUGACGUUUUCAUCCUCAAAAAAGUUUUUGAUUUGAGUUUCUACUGAAAUCAGGCUGUAUUUUAAUGUUGUAUUUUAAUCUUGUUUUUAAGUUGUAUUUUAAUCAAUUGUUUUUAUACCUGGUGUUAGCCGCCCUGAGCCCGGUCUUGGCUGGGGAGGGUGGGGUAUAAAUAAAAUUUAUUAUUAAUAUUAUUAAUCCUCUUUUAAAGCCAUCUGAGUAGGUGGCCAUCGCUGCCUCCGGUGGGAGGGAGUUCCAUAGGUUAACCCUGUACUGUGUGCAGAAGGGCUUUAUUUCAUCAGUCCUGAAUCUUCCAACCUUCAGCUUUGUUGGGUUCUGGUGCAAUGAGAGAGGGAGAACAGCUUUCCUCUAUCCACUCUCUCCAUGCCACGCCUGGUUUCACAAAACCCUUUAUCAUGGCGCUUGCUUGCAUAUACUUGCUUUUUCUCUAAACUAAAAUGUCCCCAAACCUUUCCUCUUCGUAGCGAAUUUGCUCCAUCCCCUCAAACAUUUUGGUCACAGUGGUACAAACUGCCGUGUUGCCCACACAGCUGUCGCUCCUUCUUGUCUCCAUUAAAAAAAACAUUCCCAGAAACUAGUAUGACUCUUCCCCCCGCCCCAGUCUUUUGUCCUUCCCUGACUCCCCCCUCUGCCCCCCCAAUCCUUCUUCCUUUCCUCUCAUCUCCCACAACGACUUACUUCUAUAAAGCAUUAAUGGACCUUGUUUUCUAACCACGAGUCUGGCUAACAAUCCAUAACUUCUUCGCUUCAUUAUGGCUCUUAGUGAGCUUUUAAUGAUUUCUGCAGAGGGGUUUGUUGUGGGGCGAGGAGAGGAGGAACCCCCCUCCUGGGAAUGUAGGUGUUGAGAAAUCUUCUGUGGGGCACUCUCUCCCCACAGAAUGUUCUCGGAGACAUAAGACAAUGGGGGAAACAAAUCUGUUAUUAGGAUUGUGACGCUCUUAAGAGUGGGCAUAAAAUCCCCUUUGAUUGUCUGCUGCUUAAAUUGAGAUGAGGGUUUUAAAAAACAAACAUAAGACUAGCUUGCUGGAUGAGGCCAGCAGCCCAUGUAAUCCAGCCUCCUGUUCUCACAGUGGCCGAUCAGAUGUCCUAUGGGAAAGUCACAAACAGGAAUUCAUUGCAAGAGCAUCCCCAGCUAUGAAUGGCCAGUAGCUUUUUUAUAGUCAAGAGGUAUAUGCGUAAAUAAAAUAAAUACGUAUAUAUAAGGGAGUCGUAAGUGGUCUUACACAGAUGCGACUGACCUAAUGCAGCCCUGGAGCAAAGGGAUCGCAAGAGACUCAGAAGAGCAGCCAGGGAGGGACUGAAUAAUGGGACUGAAUAUUAGGACUUUCCUAGCCCCUUGAUAGAAACUACAGUUUAAAGAAAUGACAUGCAAGGUGAACUCUGCCUCAACGUUGCUACAAGGGCAGCAUUUAUUGUUCCUUGGGCUCUUGUUGUAUCUGCCUUCUGAUAAAUUGGAAGGGAGAACAUUAAACCUUCCCCAAAGAGGAAAGCCUUUCUGCAUUUUGGGAUGGUUCACCACUCCAAAUAUGCCUUUUCCAUCUUCGUGAAAGGAGGCAAGGCCACCCCAGUGUAUAUUAGCAAAGAUAACCUAAGAAAGGCAUUCCGUUUGGGAAAAUAGUUUGCAAAACACUCUCUCUCUCUCUCUCUCUCUCUCUUUCUUUGUGUGUGUGUGUUGGGAGGGAUUUGCAUGAAAAUGCUGACUUUUUUCAUGAGGAACCCAGAGAGAGGAAAAUCCCCAAACUGGAGGAUUUGUUGUCAAGGUUUCCCGUUUAUGGGGCUGUGUUGAAAUCAUGUUUUGUUUCCUUUCUUUCCAAGGGAAAAGACGCCUUCUGUCAAGCCCGCGGCGUUGAUGGGGGCCUAGCUCCUUCCUGAGAGGUUUCCUCUACACUGAUCCGCUGUGCAGAAGCCGGGCUGGACUGUGUGACCCGGGACUUUUGGGGCGGGUGGGGAACCAAAGACACACGCCAGCCUUACAGACCUGAGCUUGCCACUGUGCCGAAGGUGAUGUGACUGUGGCUUUUGUCCUCCUGUUUUGUCUUGCUCCUCUUGCUGAUAGAUGAAGAACUGGCGCAGUCGAGGAACGACCUUUUCUGCGGGAGAAAACCAAGAGAACUCCUUUGACCAACUCUCUCCUUUGGCCCUUUCGGAAUUGGGGUUCCCUGCAAUUUUGACUGCAUGCGCUAAGAUGCUGACUAGAGCGGCUUUCUCUCAGAAAGAGGAUCCUGCUGUUGAGUGGUUAGGGAGAAAGAGGAGCUGUGUGGUGUGGCUGCAACGCUUAGCUCUUUGCACAGGCCUAAAAAUAUCUUGCAUCCUGGGAAAGGCAGUGAGUAUCAGUCCUGGGCGGAGAAUGGGCAUCGCACUGGGUCUAGGAUUUAGGAUGGACGGACGGCAGCCAGGUUAGUGGCUGGCAGACCCUUUUUAAAUUAAAUGCCACUGCAGCCAUGGGUUGAGGGGGAGGAACUGUGCCAUGUGGCAAACUGAGUUGCCUCAUUCUGAGCUGAUUCAUCCCGCCUUCCGCCCAAUCGCUGGGAGGCUUUUAGGACAGCAGUUUGGAAAGGAGAAAGAGGAUUGGCUGCAAGUGAAGUGGGGAGUGCCUUCCCAAUUAAGUGUGUUGCAAUUGGGAUCUGCAACUGGAAGCUCUUAAGGCCAAAUCCAGCCCCUUAAGGAAUUCCAUCGCAAUCAUUACAGCUCGUUUGGGGUUGGGAGGGUCGGUCCCUGACGAAAAGUGUCCCUCUUGGCUUCCCCUCUCUCUUUGCAAAAUUCCUUGUUUGGCCUGUAUGUUGCACACAAUGUGUUCCGCUCAUGUGGGAGGCUGUUUUUUUUAAUAAAGUAAAAUACAAUUCCAAAUGUGC